AUGUCAACACAGGCGCCGACAUUCACGCAGCCGCUGCAGAGCGUGGUGGCACUAGAGGGUAGUGCCGCCACGUUCCAGGCUCGCGUUAGUGGUUCUCCAGUUCCUGAGGUGAGCUGGUUCCGUGAUGGCCAGGUUCUUUCCGCUGCUGCUCUGCCCGGCGUUCAGAUCUCGUUCAGCGACGGCCGCGCUGUUCUGACGAUCCCCGCCGUGACUGCCGCGCACAGCGGAAGAUUCUCCAUCAGAGCCACCAAUGGUGCUGGACAAGCCACAAGCACAGCCGAGCUCCUGGUCACAGCGGAGACGGCUCCGCCCAACUUCCUGCAGAGGCUGCAGAGCUCCUCAGUGACACAGGGCAGCCAGGUGAGGCUGGACAUCCGAGUCACAGGGAUUCCAACACCUGUGGUGAAGUUCUACAGGGAGGGAGCAGAGAUCCAGAGCUCUGCCGACUUCAGGAUCCUCCAGGACGGAGACCUGUACAGUCUGCUCAUAGCUGAGGCCUUCCCAGAGGAUUCUGGGACGUAUUCUGUGACGGCCACUAACAGCAGCGGGCGGGCCACAUCCACUGCUGAGCUGCUGGUUCAGGGUGAAGAAGCUGUCCCGACAACGAAAACCAAGAUGAUUGUGUCCACAUCUCAGAUGGCGUCUUCCCAGACCAGAGUGCAGAGGAAGAUGGAGGCGAGUUUCCAGGCCUCCUCCAUGAUGGAGAUGCACGUUGAAGGAGGAAUGAUGACUCAGCAUUUGACUCACAAUACCCCCCCACGGGUUCCCCCGAAACCGACCUCCAGGUCCCCGCCGUCCCUGGUUUCCAAGGUGACAGGAGGACGUCAGCAGUCGCCUUCACCAAUCCGACACGUGAAGGGGCCGACGCCCACAGCGGUCAGAUCCAUGUCUCCAUCGGCCCGCCUGUCCGUCUCCCCCAUCAGACCCGUCAAGUCGCCCUUAAUGACCCGGAAACAGGUGAGAGCCGCUGCAGAGGUCCUGCCUCCCUGGAAACAAGGGGGCUAUGCGUCCGAGGCUGCCUACGCCAGUAUGAGCAGUAGGACCAGUAGGACCAGUAUGACCAGUAUGACCAGUAUGACCAGUAUGACCAGUAAGAGCAGCGCCAGCAGCGCCGCCCAGCUGCACAUGGAGAAGCACUGGGAGCAGCAGGUCACCGGAGAGGAGGCGGCCGCGGUGCCCGCCAUCGCCCAGGAGCCCGUCGCCCCCCCGGCCCUUGUUGCUGGUCUGAAGAACGUGACGGUGACCGAGGGCGAGUCCGUGACCCUGGAGUGUCAGAUCAGCGGCCAGCCGGCCCCGGUCAUCCUGUGGUUCAGAGAGGACUACAAGAUGGAGUGCUCCAUCGAUUUCCAGAUCAGCUACGAGAGCGGCUUCGCCCGGCUGGUGAUCCGCGAGGCGUUCGCUGAAGACAGCGGCCGCUUCACCUGCACCGCCACCAGCGAGGCGGGCACCGUCAGCACCUCCUGCUACCUGCUCGUCCAAGUGUCUGAAGAAGUCGAGAGUAGAGAGGAGACGGCUGUGUCUGAAAUAGAAAUCACACAAGAGAAAAUUGUUGCCGUGGAGACGAAGGAACAGAUGGUGGCAGAGGUGACGACAGGAGAGUCCGCUGCUCCCUUCUUCAUCCAGAAGCCCAGCGUCCAGAAGCUGGAGGAGGGAGGAAGCGUCGUGUUCCAGUGUCAAGUGGGAGGAAACCCCAAACCUCACAUCAUCUGGAAGAAGAGCGGCGUGCCGCUCACCACCGGAUACAGAUACAAAGUCGCCUACAAGAAGGAGACUGGAGAAUGCAGACUGGAGAUCUCCAUGACCUUUGCUGAUGAUGCUGGAGAAUACUCCAUCUUUGCCAAGAAUGCUCAUGGAGAAGCCUCAGCCUCCGCCACUCUGCUGGAGGAAGAGGAAUAUGACGCUUAUAUGAAGCAGCUUGACGUGACAUAUAAAACUGAAGUGACAAGGACAGUGGUGCAGGAGCCCUCUGUGGUCGUGAGUCAGUACGAGAUGGAACAGAGGAGAGUGACGACCCCCAUGAGCUUCGUCUCAGAGACAGAAUUCCUCGUUUCAGCCUUUGAAGAGAGGAUUAUUCACGAGAUUGAAUUGCGUAUCAUGAGGAUCACCUACAGUGAGCUGGUGACGGAGGAGGGAGAGAUGAUGGUGACUGUGGACGAGAGGGAAGCGAUGCUGCCGGCCUUCGACACGCCCGUCAAAAACUACAGAAUCGUGGAGGCCAUGGGCGUCACCUUCCACUGCAAGAUGUCUGGAACGCCACUGCCCAAGAUCGUUUGGUACAAAGACGGCCAGCGCAUCCGGCCUGGUGGCCGCUACCAGAUGGAGGUUCUUCAGGACGGGCGAGCCAGCCUGCGCCUGCCGGUGGUGCUGCCUGAGGACGAGGGCGUGUACACCGCCUUCGCCGCCAACAUGAAGGGAAACGCCGUCAGCUCUGGGAAACUCUAUGUGGAGCCGUCCGGAGCUGUCACACCUCAGAGAUACACACCACAGCCAGCCAUGCAGAGGAUCAGGUCCACCUCUCCUCGGUCCAUGAGCCGCUCGCCGGGUCGCUCUCCCAGCCGUUCGCCCGCUCGCCGUCUGGAUGAGACAGAUGAGGCUCAACUGGAAAGACUCUACAAACCCGUGUUUGUCAUGAAACCGACCUCAAUAAAAUGCUCCGAGGGACAAACUGCCAGAUAUGACUUGAAGGUUGUUGGCAGGCCCAUGCCCGAGACCUACUGGUUCCACAAUGGACAACAAGUGGUUAAUGACUACACCCACAAGAUCGUUGUCAAAGAAGACGGUAUCCAGUCGCUGAUCAUUGUCCCGGCCAUGCCACAAGACUCUGGAGAAUGGACGGUCAUCGCUCAGAACAGAGCUGGACGAACUUCUGUUUCUGUAACUCUGACUGUUGAGGCUCGAGAAAGUCUCGCUCGCCCUCAGUUUGUCAACAAGCUGAAGAACAUCACAGUGAAACAAGGCACUCUGGUGGAACUGGCUGUUAAAGCCAUGGGAAACCCUCUGCCUGAUAUCGUCUGGCUGAAAAACAGUGACAUCGUCUCACCGCACAAGCACCCACAUAUCAAGAUCGAUGGUACUAAGGGAGAGGCCAAAAUCCAGAUCCCAUCAGCUUCAGGCACAGACAGCGCCUGGUACACAGCGACAGCCAUCAACAAGGCUGGUAGAGACACCACCCGCUGCAGAGUCAAUGUGGAGGUGGACUUCACUGCCCCUCAAGCUGAGAGGAGGCUCAUUAUUACCAAAGGAACCUACAAGGCCAAGGAGAUUGCUCCUCCGGAGCUGGAGCCCCUUCAUCUGCGAUAUGGUCAGGAGCAGUGGGAGGAGGGCGACCUCUACGACAAAGAGAAGCAGCAGAAACCACUGUUCAAGAAAAAGCUGACCUCUAUCAGAAUGAAGCGUUUCGGUCCCGCUCAUUUUGAGUGCAGACUGACCCCUAUUGGUGACCCCAUCAUGGUAGUGGAGUGGCUGCACGAUGGCAAACCCCUGGAUGCUGCUAACAGGCUGCGCAUGGUCAAUGAGUUUGGCUACUGCAGCCUUGACUAUGAAGCUGCUUACGCUAGAGACAGCGGUGUCAUCACUUGCAGAGCCACAAACAAGUUCGGAGUGGACCAGACCUCGGCCACCCUGAUUGUCAAGGAUGAGAAGGGUCUUGUUGAGGAGAGUCAGCUUCCUGAAGGCAGGAAGGGAGCUUACAGAAUGGAUGAGAUGGAGCGCCAAGCUCACCAGGGAGGACCCUAUGGAGUUAGUGCUGACGACGAAUAUGAAAAGUCCAAACCUGAAAUCGUUCUCCUUCCUGAACCAGCCAGAGUGCUUGAAGGCGACAUUGCUCGAUUCCGUUGCAGGGUGACCGGUUAUCCAGCGCCCAAAGUCAACUGGUACCUCAAUGGACAACUUAUCCGCAAAAGCAAGCGAUACAGACUUUGUUAUGAUGGUAUUUACUAUUUGGAGAUUGUUGACGUCAAGUCCUAUGACUCAGGAGAGGUCAGGGUGGUUGGAGACAAUCCUUUGGGAACAACUGAGCACACAGUGAAGCUGGAAAUCCAACAGAAAGAGGACUUUAGAUCGGUCCUGCGUCGUGCUCCGGAACAGAAGGCUGCCGAGGCGUCACAUGAACCUGGAAGAAUUGGAUUUGAUGUUAUGAAGGUUGACCAACCUGCUGACGCUGCACAGGACAGGGAAGUUGUUAAGCUUCGUAAGACACAGAGAGUCACCCACGAGAAAACCUCAGAAGAAUCCGACGAACUGAAAUGUAAGUUCAAGCGUAGGACAGAGGAAGGUUUCUACGAGUCCAUCUCUGCUGUGGAGUUUAAGUCUCGUAGGAGAGACGAGUCUUAUGAGGAUCUACUGAAGAAGACCAAGGAUGACUUGCUUCAUCACUUGAAAGAGAAGGAGGAGGCUGAGAGGAGGAGGCUGGAGGAACAGGGCACAGUCACCAUCCCCACAUUCAAACCAGACAGGGUCCAGCUCUCCCCUAGCAUGGAGGCUCCCAGGAUCCUGGAACGCAUCGCCAGCAAGACCGUUGCUCCGAUGGAUGAGGUUCGCUUCCGACUCAGAGUCGUGGGCAGACCAGAACCUGAGUGCCAGUGGUUCAAGAACGGUGUUCAGCUGGAGAAGUCAGACCGUGUUUACUGGUACUGGCCUGAGGAUCAAGUGUGUGAACUGGUGAUCAGAGACGUCACAGUCGAGGAUUCUGCCAGCGUCAUGGUUAAAGCCAUGAAUGUUGCUGGGGAAUCUUCAAGCCAUGCGUUUCUGCUUGUGCAAGCCAAGGUGGCGAUUACCUUUACCCAAAACCUGACAGACACCAGUGCCAAUGAGAAGGACACCACGGUCACCUUCGAGUGUGAAACCAAUGAGCCUUUUGUUAAAGUCAAGUGGCUGAAGAACAACAUGGAGAUCGUCUCCGGAGACAAGUACAGAAUGCACUCGGACAGGAAGGUUCACUUCCUGUCUGUGCUGAUGGUGGAAAUGAGGGAUGAUGCCGAAUACGCUUGUGUGAUAAUAGAUGAUGAGAACAUCAGGACGAGUGCCAGACUCAAUGUUGAAGGCGCUGCCCUGGAGCUCAUCAAACACUUGGAGAACAUUGAGGUACCAGAGACCUACGCUGGAGAGUUUGAGGUUGAGCUUUCUCGUGAGGACGCUGAAGGCAGCUGGUUCUUCAAAGACAAGGAGCUCUCUUCCGGCAGUAAAUACAUAAUGUCCUCCCGCCGAGGGAGACACACCUUGUCUGUCAAGGAUGUCAAAAGAGAGGACCAGGGAAAAUACACCUUCGUAUGUGGAGAUCUGAAGACCAGCGCCUCACUGAAGAUGAAAUUGCGCCCAGUAACCCUGAUGCAGCCAUUGACCGACCUCACAGUGUGUGAGGGUGACAUCGCUCAGCUGGAGGUGAGGUUCUCCCAGGAGAAUGUUGAGGGAACCUGGAUGAAGAACGGCCAGGCCAUUUCUGCUUCAGACCGCAUCCACAUUGUCAUCGACAAACUGGUUCACAAGCUGCUGGUGGAGAACGUCAGCAGAGAAGAUGCUGCCUCCUACUCUUUCUUGGUUCCUGCCCAAGACAUCUCAACCUCAGGCAAACUCAGUGUCCAAACCAUUGACAUUGUGGUGCCUCUGAAGGACAUGUCCUCCAUUGAGGGCACCAAAGCUGUUUUGGAGGCCAAGAUCUCUGCUCAAGAUAUAAGCUCAGUCAAAUGGUUCCACAACGACAAACUGCUGACUCCUAGCGACAGAAUCCAGAUGGUGUCCAAGGGAGCCAAGCAGCGUCUGGUCUUCAGCCGGACCUACGCCUCGGAUCAGGGACACUACAAACUGGUGGUCGGCAAAGUCGACACCAGCUGCAAGCUAACUGUCGAACAGGUUCAGAUUGUGAAGCACAUGGAGGACAAAGUCUGCUCUGAGUCCCAGAACGUCACCUUCAACGUGGAAGUAUCUCACCCUGGCAUCGACCCAGUCUGGAUGUUCAGGAACCAGCAGCUCAAAUCUGGACCCAAACACAAGAUGGUCUCCAAGGGCAAAGCUCACUCUCUGACCGUCCUCGAUGCCAUGAAAGACGAGGAGGGCCAGUACUCGUUCCACGCUGGUGAAAAGACGUCCAGUGCCAAGCUCUCUGUCUCAGGUGGUGCCAUCACACGACCACUUCAGGACGUGACAGUGGCCGAGUCUCAGACAGCUGAGCUCGAGUGUGAAGUCGCCAACGCCAACGCUGAGGGGAAGUGGCUGAAGGAGGGUCAGCCGGUGGACUUCAACGAGAAUGUGGUGAGCGAGGUGAAAGGAGCCAUCAGGCGCCUCAUCAUCGUCAUCACCCGACCGCAGGACGUCGGGGAGUACACCUACCAGGUGUCCAACUCCAAAACCACCGCCAACCUCAGGGUGGAGGCGGUGAAGAUCAAGAAAACUCUCAGAAACCAGACGGUGACAGAAACCCAGGAGGCGGUGUUCACGCUGGAGCUCACGCACCCGGACGUGAAGGGAUCCCAGUGGAUCAAGAACGGCGUGGAGCUGCAGAACAGCGAGAAGCACGUGAUCAGGUCGGAGGGCGUGGUCCACAGCCUGAAGGUCACGAGCUGUAGCGCACAGGACGAGUGCGUCUACUCCUUCAAACUGGGGAAACUGUCGGCCAGCGCCAGGCUCGGCGUGGAGACGAUCAAGAUUGUGAAGAAGAUGAAGGACGUGACAUCAUUGUUGGACGGCACCGCCUCCUUCGAGAUGAGCCUGUCACAUGACAACAUCCCCGUCAGGUGGAUGUUUAAAGGGGUGGAGCUCAAGUCGAGCAACAAGUGCAAAGUUCUGUCGGAGAGGAAAGCUCACAAACUGAUUGUGCAGAACGUGAACCCCAGCGACGCAGGAGAGUACAGCGCGGUGGUCGGUCACCUGACCUGCAGCGCCGCGCUCACUGUGGAAGCUCUGAAAGUCACCAAACCCAUGAAGAGCGUGGAGGUGCCCGAGACUCAGGUGGCCACGUUCGAGUGUGAGGUUUCUCACUUCAACGUCCCGUCCACGUGGCUGAAGGACGGCGUGGAGAUCGAGAUGAGCGAGAAGUUCAGGAUCGUGGUCCAAGGGAAACUUCACCAGCUGAAGAUCACGAACACCAGCAGGGACGACUCGGCCGAGUACACGUUCGUCUGUGGCAACGACCGAGUCUCCGCCACGCUCACCGUCAGCCCCGUCAUGAUCACGUCCAUGUUGAAGGACCUGAACGCUAAGGAGAGAGACACCAUCACCUUCGAGGUCACCGUCAACUACGAGGGCAUCACCUACAAGUGGCUGAAGAACGGCGUGGAGGUCAAGUCGUCGGACAGAUGUCAGGUCCGCAGCCGGCAGCUCACGCACUCGCUCUCCAUCAAAAACGUUCACUUCGGAGACGGAGGAGAAUAUCAGUUUGUGGCCGGCUCGGCCGCCUCCGCCGCAAACCUGUUUGUGGAAGCUCGAGUGAUUGAAUUCACCAAGAAAAUCAAGGACAUAAAGAUCACAGAGAAGAAAAAGGCGAUCUUUGAAUGUGAGGUCACGGAGCCGAACAUCCAGGUGAUCUGGAUGAAGGACGGUCAGGAGCUGGACGUGUCUGAGGAACGGUUCGUUGUGACAGCAGAGAAGUACGUCCACCGCCUGAUGGUCCAGACGGUGCGUAUGUCCGACGCCGGAGCGUAUUCCGUGGUGGCUGGAUCGAGUGUCUCUAAAGCUCAGCUCAUCGUCGAGGGUCGCGACAUCCGGAUCUCUGAACCUGCUGAGCGGGAAAUCACAGUUCUGGAGAAACAACGAGCGACCUUCGAGUUCGAGGUGAACGAGGACGAUGUGGAGGGGCGCUGGCUGAGGAACGGCGUGGAGAUCCAAGUCUCUGUGGAGGAGCGGUUCAGCUACGUGGCCAUCAGACGGCUGCACCGCCUCACCAUCUCCGAGACCUACAGGAGCGACGCCGGCGAGUACGUCUUCAUCGCCGGAAAGAACAGGAGCACCAUGCACCUCCGGGUCAACAUCCCGGAGCCGCCGCAGAUCCUUCGCCACAUGGAGCCUCAGUCGGUCGAGGCCGGGAAACCUGCUCGCUUCUCCGUGAAGGUGAGCGGCCUUCCUCUGCCUCAGGUCUUCUGGUACAAGAACUCCCAGGCCCUGUCCCCGGGCUUCAAGUGUAAGUUCCUUCAUGACGGCGACGAGCACACGCUGCUGCUGAUCGAGGUCUUCCCCGAGGACUCCGCCGUCUACAACUGCGAAGCGAAGAACGACUACGGCGCCGCCACGAGCACCGCGGCGCUCAGCGUGGAAGUUUCAGAAGUGGUUUCUCCGGACUCGGCUGCUCCUGUUGCUCCACCUGUCGUCAUCUCGCCCAUCGCCAACACGUCCGCCCGUGAGGGAGAACCGGCUCGCUUCCAGUGCCGAGUCCGUGGAGAUGAUGUGAAGAUCAGCUGGUUGCACAAGGGGAAGGACAUCAAGCAGUCGGACUUCUUCAGGAUGUCUCAGUUUGACGACAGCUGUCAGCUGGAGAUCUCCCGGGUGUACCCAGAGGACGAGGGCGGGUACAGCUGCGUGGCCACCAACAGCGCCGGAUCCGUCUCCUGCGCCGCCACCCUCACACUGGACGUGACUCUGGUGAGAGAGCAGAUCGAAGCCAAGAUUGAUCAAGAAGUCAAAGUGCCACCGGUGUUUAGGCUGAAGAUCUCACCUCUGGAGAUUAACGUUGGCGGACAGGCCAAGCUCGAAUGUGAGAUCGAGGACGCUCCGAGUGUGACCUUCAAAUGGUACAAGUCUGGCGUUGAGAUCAGACAGAGCGAGAAGUACCGAAUCAUCAGCAGCUUCAGCAGCUCCUCUCUGGAGCUCCUGAACCCGGUGAAGGCCGACAGCGGUGAAUACAGCUGCAAGGCGUCCAACCAGCACGGCACCGACGGCUGCAGCGCCGCGCUCAUCGUCACCGAACCACCCGAGUUUGUGCUGAAACUCCCUGCCACUAAGUUUGUGAAGCAGAGCGAUUCACUCCGCCUGGAGUGUAAAGUCAGUGGCACAGCUCCUCUGAAAGUGACCUGGUACAAACACGACUCCAAGGUCACAGACGGGGUCAACCUCAGGACAACCUUUGUUGACUCGGUGGCAGUCCUGGAACUGCUCUCCGCCAGCUUUGAUGAUGACGGAGUUUACACCUGUGAAGCUCAGAAUGAAGCUGGCAGUGUCAGCUGCAGCAGCACACUGACUGUGAAAGAUGCCCCAUCUUUUGUCAAAGUGCCUGAGCCUGUUGAAGGGCUGAAGGGUAAGGACGUGAGUCUGUACUGCGAGAUGAGCGGUACAGCUCCGUUCCAGAUCACCUGGUUCAAAGACAGGAAGCCUCUGAUGGAGAGCAGGAAAUAUAAGAUGGUGAGCGAGGGCAGCUCGGCCACGCUGCAUGUCAUUGGGAUAGACGCCUCAGACGCCGGCCAAUAUGAGUGCAAAGUGUCAAACAGUGUAGGAAGUGACACCUGCCAGAUGUCAGUUAAACUCAGAGAGCCUCCGUCGUUCUUGAAGAAACUGUCACACAUGACAGUGAUACUGGGAGAGGAGGUGACCCUUGUGGCCUCUGUUAAAGGCUCUGAACCCAUUACUGUGUCCUGGGUUCAAGACAAGGAUCACAUUCUCAGGGACGGUGACAACAGGAAAAUCACCUGUGAGAACAACCAGGUCGCUCUUAAAGUGUUUAAGGCCGAUGCGACUACGGGGGGGAAAUACAGCUGCCAACUCAGAAAUGAUGCUGGGAGUGUGGAGUGUUUCGCUAACUUGACUGUUCUAGAACCGGCUAUGAUCGUGGAUAAGCCCGACUCUCUGAGUGUGACGGCAGGAGAUAUCGCCGCCCUGGAGGUCAAAGUGCGUGGGACCCCAGAGCUCUUCCCCAAGUGGUUCAAGGACGGCGUGGAGCUGGCCUCUGGGAGGAAAUACAAGAUCUCAUUCUCCCGGAUGAUUUCCAGCCUUAACGUUCUUUCUGCUGAGAAAGUGGACUCUGGAGAAUAUACGUUUGAGGUCAUGAACGAGGUCGGGAAGGACCUGAGCAAAAUUAAUCUCACCGUCUUAGAUAAGCUCAUUCCUCCGACCUUCUCCAGGAAGUUGAAGGACUGUAACACAGUUGUCGCUGAAGCUGGAGAGAUGGAGUGUAAAGUGUCAGGUUCUCCUCCUUUCACCAUCUCCUGGUUCCACGAUAACGAGGAAAUUCAGAGUGGACCCAACCAUGAUAUCUCCUUCAGUGAGAACAGCUGCAUGCUCAGAGUUCCCUCGCUGAAGCUCUCCGACUCGGGAACGUAUAAAUGUAAAGCCGUCAACAAGGCGGGAUCCAGUGAAACCAGCGCGUUGCUGGUCGUCAAAGAACCCCCGUCCUUUGUGGUGCCACCUCAGCCGGUGGAGGCCAUGCCCGGCUCUAACGUGACGAUCUCAGCGAUGGUCAAAGGCAGCGCGCCGCUCCGGCUGAAGUGGUUCAGAGGAGCCAAGGAGAUCGAGGCGGGAAGAGGAUGUGACUUCUCCUUGAAGGAUAACCAGGUGGUUCUGGAGCUUUUCAACGUGGACCGAUCUCACGCUGGCGAGUACACAUGUCAGAUCUACAACGACGCCGGGAAGGAAAGCUGUCCGGUUAAUCUCACCGUCAAAGAACCCGCCGCCUUCUCCAAGAAGCUGAAGGACGUGGCGGUGGAGAAGGGGAAACCGUUAACUCUGGAGUGCACCUACACCGGAACACCGAAGAUCACGGUGAGCUGGCACAAAGACGGGCAGCAAAUCUUUGCUUCCUACAAACACAACAUCACCACCACGGAGAGCUCCUGCCUCCUGGAGUGUCUCAGCACCGACGACAAGGAGGCGGCAGGACGCUACAGCUGCCGAGUGUCCAACGAGGCCGGAGACGACACCUGUGAGGCGGCCGUCGCUAUCCUCGAGCCACCGUACUUUGUGGAGUCUCUGGAGCCCAUGGAGGUGACCGCCGGCGACGCCGUGUGUCUCAAGUGUCAGGUGGCGGGAACUCCCGACAUCAAGGUGUCGUGGUUCAAGGCCGACGGGAAAGUGCGCUCCAGCCCCACCUGUAAGCUGGAGUACACGAAGGGCGUGGCCUACCUGAAGCUCAGCAAAGCCACCAAGGCCGACAUCGGAGAAUACAGCUGCAAGGCGGAGAACCGCAUAGGCUCCGCCUCCUCCAGCUGCAGACUCAACGUUCAAGAGGCCAAAACGCCGCCGACCUUCCCCAAGAAGAUCACCAGCCUGCAGCAGACCGAGGGGCUGCCGGUCAGGUUCGAGUGCCGCGUGGCCGGCUCCUCCCCCAUCGAGGUGUCGUGGCUGAAAGACGGCGAGCCUCUGACGCACGGAAAGGACUUCUCCAUGCUGUACGAUGACAACACGGCCGUGCUGCAGAUCGACCACAGUGAGAUGAAACACUCUGGAGAGUACAGCUGCGUGGCCAACAACAGCGUUGGCUCCGCCUCCUGCAGAGCCAAGCUCACCCUGCAAGAACCCAGAUACCCUCCAGUCUUUGACAGGAAGUUGUCACCACAGGAAGUGACAGUGGGCGACAGCAUUGAGCUGGAGUGUCACUUGACUGGCUCCGCCCCCAUUAAAGUCACAUGGUCCAAAGACCACAAAGACAUUCGCACUGGGGGGAAUUAUAAGAUGAGCUGCGUGGACAACACGCCGCACCUGAGCAUCCUGAAGGCGGACCGGGCCGACACAGGGAAGUACUUCUGCCACGCGGCGAACGACGUGGGGAAGGACUCGUGUUCCUCUGACAUCACGGUCAAAGAGCGUAAGAAUCCUCCCGUGUUCACCAAGAAGCCGUCAGAGCACAUCGAGGACAUGGAGGGGAAGCUGGUGAAGAUGGAGGGCCGGGUUUCUGGCUCUCAGCCCAUCUCCAUCAGCUGGUUCAGAGACAGCGCGGAGAUCAGCAGCUCCGACAAAUAUGACAUCAGCUUUAAGAGUAACGUGGCCGUGCUGUGCAUCAAGAGCAGCCAGGUGAGCGACAGCGGCAGCUACACCUGCCAGGCCUCCAACGAGGCGGGAAGAACCUCCUGUGACAUCACUGUCGGCAUCUCAGAAGCCAAGAAGCCUCCGGUCUUCGACGUGUCGCUCAAACCCGUGACGGUGGACGAGGGCGAGAAGCUGAGCCUCAAGUGUCACGUGUGCGGGUCUCCGCCUCUGAAGAUCCAGUGGAUGAAGGACAGGAAGGACCUGACGUCGGCCGGCAGCACCAGGAUCAGCUUCUCCGACGGGACGGCCUGCCUGGAGAUAAGCCCCGCCUCCAAACACGACGCUGGCGACUACCUCUGCAAGGCGUCCAAUGACAGCGGCAGCGAGUUCUGCAAAGCUAAAGUGACGGUUAAAGAGAAACCAGGAGCAGCUGCGCCUGUGGCUGAAGCUGCAGCUGCUGCUCCGCCCAAAAAACUGGACAACCUGUUCUUCAUUGAGAAACCGAAAGCUGCACACGUCACUGAGAAGGGCACCGCCACCUUCAUCGCCAAGGUGGGCGGAGACCCGAUCCCCAGUGUGAAGUGGAUGAAGGGGAAGUGGAGGCAGGUGACGGCCGGCGGCCGCAUCUCCAUCGAGCAGAAGGGCCAGGAGGCCAAGCUGGAGAUCAGAGAGGUGACCAAGUCGGACUCGGGCCAGUACAGGUGCGUUGCCUCCAACAAGCACGGAGAGAUCGAGUGCAACACCGACAUGCACGUGGACGAGAAGAAAGAGGCGUCGCUGCUCGAGGGAGACCUCCGAGCCAAACUGAAGAAGACGCCAUCGAAGCAGAAGAGUCCACAGGAGGAGAAGGACAUUGACAUCGUGGAGCUGCUGAGGAACGUGGACCCCAAAGAGUACGAGAAGUACGCCCGCAUGUACGGCAUCACAGACUACCGCGGCCUGCUGCAGGCCAUCGAGCAGCUGAAGAAGGAGAAGGCUGAAGAAAGUGGAAGACCGGAACUGGAACGUGGAGACAGAGAGUCAGACGAGGACAUGGCCCGCCUGGUGGCCGACCUGCAGAAGAGGAUGGAGCGCACCGAGCCCGUCACUGUGGUGAAGGACAUCUCCGAUCAGUCCGUCUUCACCAACAAGGAGGCGGAGUUCGAGUGCGAGAUCAAGAUCAACUACCCAGAGAUCACCCUGUCCUGGUACAAGGGAACGCAGAAACUGGAUAACGGAGACAAGUACGACAUCAGCAUCAGUGGCGACCGCCACCUGCUCAAGAUCAAGAAGUGCCAGUCGUCGGACCAGGGCAACUACCGGGUCGUCUGUGGGCCGCACAUCUCCAGCGCCAAGCUCGCUGUCAUGGAAGUGGAGGUUGAGAAGCACCUGCAGGACACAUCGGGUAAGGAAGGCCAGGCGUGCUCUCUGUCUUGUCAGUUGUCCGUCCCUAACGUAGAAGCUCACUGGUAUAAAAACGGCAAGAAGUUAGAGAUGAAGGGCAGGUUCACGUCUGAGGUGAAGCACAAGGUUCAGAAGCUUCUGAUCAGAGACCUGAAGAACGAAGACCAGGGUCGAUACACCUGCAGGUACCAGCACCUGGAGUCAUCAGCCGACCUCUGGGUGGAAGCCGAGCAAAUUCAUUUCACCAAACGCAUCCACAACGUGGAAGUCAACGAGCGCCAGUCGGCCACCUUUGAGUGCGAGGUGUCGUUUGACAACGCUAUCGUGUCAUGGUACAAAGACACCUGGGAACUGAAAGAGAGCACAAAGUACAACUUCACAAGCGAGGACAGAAGACAUUUCAUGGUCAUCCGAAACGUGACCAUCGAAGACGAAGGCGUGUACUCAGUGAUUGUGAGGUUGGAGCCCAGAGGAGAGGCUAAGAGCACAGCUGAGCUUUAUUUGUCUGGCAAAGAAAUUGAAUUAGCAAUGGUUCCCAUGGAUGUGCCAGAUUCCUCGAUUCAGAGGCCCGACGUGUCCUCGUCUGUGGCAAUCCAAGAAUCUGCUGAGUUCUAUCAGUAUGAAGAAAAGUUUGAACACAGAGAAUCGGCUGAAUAUUCGUAUCAAGAGGUGGAGGUGGAGCGAAGAGUCGAGUAUCAGAGCCGGACGGAGGAGACGGUUUCACAACAGGUGUCGACAACCAAAGCUGCCAGGGUCGCGGUGGAGGAAACGGUGGAGACUCUGAUAGUUGGAGUGAGAGAGGGAAUCCCAUCCAAAGUUCUCAAAGCUGAAGAGAAACAGCCUGAGGAGAAGCCCACAGCAGCUGUGAAGGUCCAGCCUGAAGUCGAGGCCAAAAAGCCAGUGGAGAAAAAGGCUGCAGUGGUUUCAGUCCCAGAGAAGAAGCAGGUUCCUGCUCUCAAAGAACCAGAGGAGCUUCAGAAGCCUGUUCCCUCACUGCCCACUGAAAAGCCUGGAGUGCCAAAGAAAGAUGAGUCCAAGCCUCAGGUUCUAGCAGAGCCCAAGAAGGUGGCUCCUGCGGCAAAGCCUGAACCUGAACCCAGACCCAAACCAAAAGCAGAACCUGAACCAAAGCCUAAACCCUCACCGGCUCCCAAAGCAGAACCCAAACCUGCCAAGAUCCAGCCGGAGGCUGAAGCUAAACCGGUGGCGCUGAAGAAGCCGACAACACCACCGUCCAAAGUCCCUGAAGAACCUGGAAAACCAGAGCUGGCAAAGGUCAAGCCUGAGACCAAGCCGGAACCAGGAGUCCAGAAGCCAAAACCAGAACCAGAAAAACCAAAACCAGGGGUCCGUAAGCCGGAGCCUCCUGUGACAAAACCCCAACCGGCAGUCGCCACGCCAGAACCUCCUGCACCAAAACCCGUCACGGUUCCCAAACCUGAGCCGGCAGUUAAAAAACCUGAAGCAAUACCAGAACCAGCCAAGACCAAAGCAGAACCGACGGCCGCUCCAAAGGAACCGUUGAAGAAAGGUACAGAACUAGCAGCAAAGAAGGAGGUGGCUCCUCCUCCAGCUCCUCCAGCCACAGUCCCACUGAAGGUGCAGAGCGGAGAAGAAGCUCCACAGAAGAAGCCUGUGGCAGCUAAAGUUCCUGUGGAGGAAAAACGUCCUGAACCUCAAACAGCAGCAAAGGAGCCAGAGGCUGUCGUCGCUCCUCCCAAAGACCAAGUGACAAGGAAAGAGAAAGAGAAAGAGAAAGAGAAAGUUCCCGGGAAGCCGACGUCGCCGCCACAAGUCAAAGAACCGCUGGUAAAACCAGUUGCUCCUCAACCAGAGAGCAAACAGCUUCCUGCUGUCAAACAGCCGGAGGUCGCUGAGGAAAAGAAGCUGGAGAAGAGAAUUUCUCCACAGGAGGAAACUAAAGCAGCGAUUAAACCUCAAGCUGUGGUGAAACCUGAAGAACCGUCCAAAUCAGAAAAACCCUCGGUGGUGGAGAAGAAGUCUCCUCCCACAGAUGAAACCAAAGGACCGGUCCAGGCACCUGGAGGCGUGAAGAAAGAAACGGUUCUGCUCAAAAAAGGUAAAAUUCAGUUGGAAGAGGAAACAAAGUUUGAGAUUCCGACGCUGAAGAAAAGCACCAGAGUGGUGAAGGCAGUGGAGGAGGAACAGGAAGUGAUCAAACUGAAGAAGGUGCCGUCAGCUCCUCCUAAAGAGCCUGAAGUGGAGGAGAAACCUCAGAAGGUCACCAGGACCACCGUGUUCGAGGUGGAGGAGAUGGUUCAUGAAGAAGAGACUGUGGAGAUGUCAGUCUCCACCAGGAGAGCUGCGGAGGAGAAGAAAACUCGAGACAAAGCUGAUGUUGUAAAAAAGCCAGAAGUCAUUAAACCUAAAGAAGAACAAACGAAGGUUCCUAAAGAUGCAUGGAGUCGUCAGACACCUGUCACAAAGGACCAGAAACCAGAAGAUACCAUUUCUCUAAAGAAAACUCCCAAGACGCCAAAGGAAGAGGAAUCUGCUCAACCCACUGCAGUCUUGAAGAAAGCGAAGAAACUGCCUUCAGAUGAAGUGGAACCAGAAAUAAUCAAACUUAAACCAUUUGAGAAACCGGUCAAAGCAGCAGAGGAGCCAGAGAAAGAUAAGAAGGAAAGACCAACCAGGGACACUGAGCCUUUCCAGAAAGGUGAGAGGAUCUCCAGAGAGGUGGAACCCAAAGAACUUCCCAAAAAACCUGUGAAAACUCCUCCAGAGGUGAAAGAGCCCCAAGCCAAGGUGUUGACGCCUUUAGAUAAAAAGAAAAGUCCAGAGAAAGAGUCAGAGGAAGUCAAGGCACCAACCAAGGUGAAGAAAAUCCCAACACAAGAACAAGAGAUAGAGAGCGUCAAGCUGAAGCCGUUCUCCAGACCUUCCAAAGAGGAGGCAGCGCCGGAGAAGAAACCAGUGGAGGAGAAAGAGAAGAAGCCACUUGAUGACCUGCAACCUCGUCGCAAAACUCCUGAUGAGAAACUAAAAGAACGAGAGCCGGUGGGAAGAGUGAAGAAACCUGAGAUCACAGAAGCUCCAGAGAAGAAGCUGGAGAAGACAAAAGAGUUAGAUUCAGUUCCCGCGGAGAAGACUGCGUCUCCUGUACCAACAUCUGUUAAGAAACCGGAGAAGGUUCCUGAAGAACCAAAACCUCUGCAGCUGAAGAAGGGAGUCACACCCAAGGUGAAAGAGGAGAAGGAAGAAGUUGCUCUUAAACCUCUGGAACAGCUCAAGAAGGUUGGGCUGAAGAAGACUCCAUCUCCUCAAGUUGAGAAGCUGAAAGAAGCAGCACCUGCUGAGAGGAAGUCGAGCAUCGACAGACUCAAGAAGGUUCCGAAGACUGUUUCUCCCGUAGAGUCGAUUGAAGCAGUCACUCUUAAAAAGGUCCCGAGGAAACCGUCACCAGAAGAGGAGAAGUCUGCAGAACCUGCCAGACCUGAUAAAGGGAAGUUUCCCCUGGUGAAGGAGGUGUCUCCUGGAGCCGUGCAGAUGAAGAAGGUUGCCACGCAGCCGGAGGAGGAGGUGUUCGAAGAGGAGUUCGAAGCAGAGGAAGAAGCGGAGCAGGAGGAGGAGGAGGAGGUCUGGGGCUGGGAGCUGGUUCCUCGGGACAGUGGCGGCUCUGAGGACUGGGAGGGUGACACACAAGAAGGUGCUCUAGAGGUUCCUGGGAUGACCAGGAGAGAGGGUCAACCAGCAGAAGAAGCAGGAAGAGGUCGAGGCCGAGGUCUGAAACCCAAGCAGACCCCGUCUCCCGGAGAAGGGCGUGGCCGCGGCCUGAAGCCCGGUGGCAAAGGCCCCUCCCCUCCAGAGGAUCCCUUCGGAGGGUUCAAGCUGAAAGCCGUCCCUCUGAAGUUCAUCAAGAAGCUGAAGGACAUCGUGCUGCAGGAAGCCGAGUCCAUCGGCUCGGCCGCCGUGUUCGAGUGCGAGGUCUCACCUUCCACCGCCAUCACCACCUGGAUGAAAGAUGGCAGCAACCUGCGCGAGAGCCCCAAGCACAAGUUCACCUCUGACGGCAAAGAUCGCAAGCUGAACAUUAUUGAUGUUCAACUUUCCGACACUGGUGAAUACACCUGUGUGGCCAAGAACGCUGGAAAGGAAAUAGCGUGCACAGCCAAGCUCAUCGUAGAAGAGUUGCCUGUGAAAUGGAUCAAGGAGCUGGAGGAGGAGACUUCCGCUCUGAAGGGUCAGCCCAUCUACAUGACCUGCGAGCUGAACAAAGAGAGAGAUGUGGUGUGGAAGAAGAAUAACGAGAUCCUGAAGAAAAAGGCCAACAAGAUUCAGAUCAACAUCAUUGGGUUGCAGCACGCCGUGACCAUCCAGAACAGCGGCGAGCAGGACACUGGGUCUUACUCGUGUGAAGUCUCCGGUCAGGAGGAGGUCAAGACCACGUCGAACGUCAAAGUGAUCGAAAUCAUCAAAGACUGGAUCGUGAAGCCGCUGAGGGACCAGCACGUCAAACCCAAGAUGGCGGCUACGUUUAAAUGCGAGCUGUUCAAGGACACGCCCAACUGGAAGUGGCUGAAAGGAGAGGUCGAGAUCAGCCCCUCGGACAAGCUGGAGGUCAAGCAGGACGGAAAGGAGCUGACGCUGACCAUCAAGAACUGUCAGCCGGAGGACGUGGCAGAAUACGCCCUGGAGGUGGAGGGACGCGUCUACACGGCCAAGCUCACACUCGGAGAGCGUGAAGCUGAGAUCCUGAAGCCGUUGGCGAGUGUGGAGGUGACGGAGAAGUUAGACGCCGUGUUUGAGACGGAGAUCUCUGAGGACGAUGUUCCAGGGGAGUGGAAGCUGAAAGGAGAAGUUCUCACCAGAUCCCCGACGUGCGACAUCGUCAUGGAAGGAGGAGUUCGUCGACUCACACUGAAGAACUGUCAGCUGGAUCAGGCUGGAGAGGUUUCCUACCAGGCGCUGAACGCCAUGACCAGCGCCAUGCUCAACGUCAAAGCCCGAGUGAUCGUCCUGGCCAAGCCGCUGAACGACGUGGCCGUGACCGCAGGAGAGACCGCCACCUUCGAGUGCGAGCUGUCCUACGAAGACAUCGCUGUGGAGUGGCUGCUGGGAGGAGCCAAGCUGGAGCCCAGCGACCGGGUGGUGCUGAAGGCGGAGGGUAAAGUCCACAGUCUGACUCUGCGAGACGUUCAGCUGAAUGAAGCCGGACAAAUCCGACUCACGGCCAAAGACUUCCAGACGGAGGCGUCGCUCACUGUCAGAGAGCCGGCGGUGGAGUUCACGAAGCCUCUGGAGGACCAGACCGUGGAGGAGGAGGCCACAGCCACUCUGGAGUGUGAAGUGUCCAGAGAGCAGGCCGAGGUGCGAUGGGUCCGAGAUGGACAAGACAUCAGGAAGACCAAGAAGUACGAGAUGAUCGUCGAUGGCCACAAGAGGGCGCUGCUCAUCCACGACUGCACCCUGGACGACUCCAGGACGUACACCUGCGACGCCAAAGACUUCAAAACCUCCUGUUUCCUCAACGUUGAACCUCCUCAUGUCGAGUUCACAAAGCCGCUCCAUGACGUGGAGGUCAAAGAGAAGGAAUCUGCCAGGUUCGAGUGUGAAGUGUCCAGAGAGGACCUCAAGAUCCGCUGGUUAAAGGAUGGAAGUGAAAUCAGAAAGGGGAAGAAGUACGAGAUCAUCGCUCAAGGUCGCCAACACGUCCUCAUCGUGCACAAGUCUGCGUUCGAUGAUGAAGCUGAAUAUGAAUGUGACGCCAAGACGUCCAAGUCCUCCGGGAUGCUCACUGUCGUCGAGGAGGAGACGAGAUUCACCAAGAACCUGUCCAACGUGGAGGGGACGGAGACGGACAGCGUGAAGCUGAUCUGCGAGGUCUCCAAACCCGGCGCUGAUGUCACCUGGUACAAAGGAGACGAGGAGCUGCCGGAGGGCGGCCGCCACGAGAACAUCGUGGACGGGAAGAGGAGGAUCCUCCUCAUCCAGGACCUGAAGAUGGCCGACGGCGGCGAGUACAACUGUCGACUGAGUCCCAGCGUCAAGACUUCCGGAAACCUCAAGAUUAAUGAACUGGCAGCCGAGUUCAUCUCCAGGCCUCAAGGCCAGGAGGUGGUGGAGGGCGAGAAGGCGGAGUUCACCUGCUCCGUCUCCAAGGAAACCUACGAGGUCAAAUGGCUGAAAGACGACAAGGAGCUGGAAGCAGGAGACAAAUACACGAUGGUCAGCGACGGCAAGCGGCGGACGCUGGUCAUUAAGAGCAGCGAGCUGAAGGACGAGGGCGGAUACGUGGUGAUGAUCGGAGCCACCAGAGCCGGGGCCGACCUCGCCGUUCUGGAGAAACUGAAGAUCAUCACGCCGCUGAAGGACACGGAGGCUAAAGAAGGUCAAGAGGUCGUCCUGAACUGUGAAGUGAACAUCGAGGGAGCGAAGGCCAAGUGGCUGAAGAACGAGGAGACAUUGUUUGAGAGCAGCAAGUACGUGAUGGUCCAGAGAGACAACGUCUUCUCUCUGAGGAUCCGAGACGCUCAGAAGGGAGAUGAAGCCAACUACAGCAUCAACCUGACCAAUCAGAGAGGAGAACAGGCCAAGAGCUCAGGCAGCCUCACCGUCAAAGAGGAGAGUCUGAAGAUCAUGGUUCCUCUGGAGGACAUCGACACUCAGGAGAAGAAGACCGUCAGCUUCUCCUGUAAGGUCAACAGGCCCAACGCCACGCUGAAGUGGAUGAAGGCCGGGGAGGAGAUCGCCUUCAGCAAACGAGUCGUUUACCGAGUCGACCAAGACAAGCACACGCUCACCAUCAAAGACUGCACGCUGGCCGACGAGGGCGAGUACACGGCCGUGGCCGGAGACAACAAGUCCACAGCGGAGCUGAUCAUCAGCGAGGCGCCGACAGACUUCAGCCUGCAGCUGAAGGACCAGACCAUCACCGAGUUCCAGGACGCAGAGUUCUCAUGUAAACUCACCAAAGAGAAAGCGGAAGUCAAGUGGUACAGGAAUGGACGUGAGAUCAGAGAAGGACCCAGAUACAAGUUUGAAAAAGACGGAAAGAUUUGCACGUUACGUAUCAAAGAGUGCAGACCUGACGACGAGUGUGAAUACGCCUGUGGCGUGGAUGAGAAGAGGUCCAGAGCCAGACUCUUUGUGGAAGAGACGCCGGUGGAGAUCGUCCGACCGCCACAGGACGUGUUCCAACCCCCGGGCUCGGACAUCGUGUUCGAGGUGGAGCUGAACAAGGACCGAGUGGAGGUGAAGUGGUUGAGGAACAACAUGACGGUCGUCCAGGGAGACAAGUACCAGAUGAUGAGCGAGGGCAAAGUCCACCGCCUGCAGGUGUGUGAGAUCCGACCUCGAGACCAGGGCGAGUACAGGAUCAUCGUCAAGGACAAAGACGCCAAGGCCAAGCUGGAGCUGGCAGCUGUGCCUCAGAUAAAGACCACGGACCAGAGCUACGUCACAGACGCCGGGAAGCCCAUCGUCAUGGCCGUCCCGUACAGCGCCUACCCAAAGGCCCAGGCCGACUGGCUGUACGACAACCAGAGUCUGCCCAAGGACGACAUCCACACCUCCGCUGACCGCACAGAGUAUCGGCUGAAGGACCCCAAGAAGUCGGACCAGGGCCGAUACAAGAUCACGAUCAAGAACAAGCACGGAGAGGGAGAAGCCUUCAUCAACCUCAGCGUCAUCGACGUCCCCGGACCCGUGAAGAACCUGCAGGUGGUCGAUACCGCAGAUGGUGAGGUCAGCCUGGCGUGGGAGGAGCCUGAGAGUGACGGGGGCAGCAAGGUCACUGGCUACGUGGUGGAGAGACGCGACGUGAAGCGAAAGACCUGGACGCUGGCCACAGAGCAGGCCGACAGCCCUGAGUACACGGUGACCGGCCUCCACAGAGACUCCAUGUACCUGUUCAGAGUCUGCGCCCGGAACCGGGUCGGCAGCGGACCCAUCGUAGAGACCGACAAACCCGUUCAGGCCAAGAACAAGUUCGAUGUUCCUGAAGCUCCUUUGAACGUGAUCGUAGGAAAUGUCUCAAAGUUCGGCUGCACCGUCUCCUGGGAAACUCCCGGGUCGGACGGCGGCUCUCCCAUCACCUCUUACAUCAUCGAGCUGCGUGACCGCACGUCGGUGCAGUGGUCGCCCGUGCAGGUGACCAAGGCCGACGAGCUCAGCGCCAUCAUCAACGAUGUCAUAGAGAACAAAGAGUACAUCUUCAGAGUCAAAGCCGAGAACAAAGCCGGCGUCGGCAAACCCAGCGCCGCCUCCCGGCCCGUCAAGAUCAUGGAUCCCAUUGAGUGUCCCAGUCCUCCUCUGAACCUCUCCGGGCAAGACCAGAACAAGAGCUCGGUGCAGCUGGCCUGGGAGACGCCUCUGAGGAACGGAGGGAGCAUGAUCACCGGCUACAUCAUCGAACGCUGUGUGGACGGCACCGACAAGUGGCUGCGCUGCAACGCCCGCCUCUGCCCCGACCUCUUCUACAAGGUGUCUGGUCUGAAAUAUGGAACCAAGUACAACUACAGAGUGUUUGCUGAAAACGCAGCCGGCUUGUCUGACCCAUCGAAUGUGAACGGCCCCCUGCUGGCUGACGACCCACAUGUCGGUCCGACCUUUGACCUAAGUGCUUUCAAAAAUGGCCUGGAGGUCAUCGUCCCUCAGCCUCUCAGCAUCAGAGUCCCCAUCUCCGGAUACCCGACCCCCGUCGCCAAGUGGACCUUCGUAGAGAAGGAGCUGACCACUGCCGAUGAGCGAAUCAGCCUGAUGACCAAGUCCACGUUCACAGAACUGAUCGUCACACCGAGCGUCCGCCCGGACAAAGGCAUCUACGUCCUGCAGCUGGAGAACGACGUCACGUCUGUCUCCGGAGAGAUCGAAGUCAACGUCAUCGCUGCACCCAGCGCUCCGAAGGACUUCAAGGUUCUGGAGGUGACGCGGCAGCACGUGCACCUGAGCUGGGAGGCGCCCGAGCACGACGGAGGAAGUCCUCUGACCGGCUUCCAGGUGGAGAAACGAGACGUGUCCCGCAAGACCUGGGUCAAGGUGGCCACCGGAGUCCAGGAUCAGGAGCUUACAGUCACCGACGUGGUUGAAGGGAAGGAGUAUCUGUUCAGAGUAACCGCCUGCAACAAGUGUGGCCCAGGAGAGCCGGCUUACAUCGACGAGCCCGUCAGCGUCUCCUCUCCUGCCACUGUGCCCGAUCCUCCAGAGAACUUGAAGUGGAGGGACAAGUCCGCCAGCGGCAUCUUCCUGACCUGGGAGCCACCAAGGUACGACGGUGGCAGUGGCAUCCGAGGCUACAACGUGGAUCGCUGCCAGAGAGGAACUGAUAAGUGGGAGCCCUGCGGGGAGAUGGUGCCUGAGCUGAAGUGCCAGGUGACCGGUCUGAUCGAGGGCCAGUGGUACUCCUACAGAGUCCGAGCCCUGAAUGGACUCGGAGCAGGCCGACCCUGCAAGGCCACAGAUGAGAUCCAGGCCGUUGAUCCCAAAGAGCCUCCAGAGAUCCAGCUGGACGCCAAGCUGUUGGCCGGUCUGACCGCCAAAGCCGGCAGCAAGAUUGAACUCCCCGCCGAGGUGAAGGGUAAGCCCGAGCCCCGGGUGAAGUGGACCAAGGCCGACCUGGUCCUCAAAGCAGAGGACAGAGUCUCCAUUGACACCAAGGCGGGACACUCAACUGUCACUAUCGCCAAGACACAGAGAGACGAUAGCUCCACCUACAUCAUUGAAGCCACCAACAGCAGCGGCCGCGCCACAGCCACCGUGGACGUCAACAUCCUCGAUAAGCCUGGUCCUCCAGCUGCCUUCGACAUCUCUGACAUCACCAACACAUCCUGCUUCCUGGCCUGGAACCCUCCGCGCGAUGACGGCGGCUCCAGAGUCACCAACUACAUCGUCGAGCGCCGAGCUGCCGACAGCGAGAUCUGGCACCGGCUCUCCUCCACCAUCAAACAGACCACCUACACAGCCGUGGAUCUGGUCAAGUUCAAGGAGUACAUCUUCAGAGUCUUCGCAGAGAACCAGUUCGGCGUUGGUCCAGCGGCUGAACAUCCAUCCAUCAUCGCCAGAUAUCCCUUCGACACUCCCGGAGCUCCUUACAAGCUGGAGCCUUCGGACAUCGCCAAGGACUCUCUGACUCUGACCUGGUACGAGCCUGACGAGGACGGAGGAAGCCCCAUCACAGGAUACUGGGUGGAGAGACACGAGCCCGACCACGACAAGUGGAUCAGAUGCAACAAGCUGCCGAUCAAGGACACCAACUACAGGGUCAAAGGUCUUCCCACCAGGAAGAAAUACAAGUUUAGAGUCCUGGCUGAGAAUCUGUCUGGAACUGGAAAACCCAGCAAAGAGACAGACAUGAUCCUCGUCAAAGAUCCAAUUGAUCCUCCAUGGCCUCCUGGUAAACCCACGGUGAAGGACGUCGCUAAGACUUCCUGUUUCCUGACGUGGACCAAACCAGAGCACGACGGUGGAGCAAAGAUCGAGGGCUACCACAUUGAGAUGCUGAAGAGUGGCAACGUGGACUGGAUCCGCGUGGCAGAGGACAUCAGUCUCCUGGAGCACUCCCUGAGAGGCCUGAUGGAGAAGCAGGAGUACUCGUUCAGGGUGCGAGCCGUGAACGUGGCCGGAGAGAGCGAGCCCAGCGAGCCCAGCGAGCCAGUGCUCUGCAAAGAGAGGCUCAAUCCUCCCUCUGCUCCUCGCUGGCUGACCAUUGUGAGCAUCUGCAGGAACAGCUGCGAGAUGAAGUGGACGGCGCCCGAGCGCGACGGCGGCUCGCCCAUCACCAACUACGUGGUGGAGAAGCGUGACGUCAGACGUAAAGGCUGGCAGGCCGUGGACACCACAGUCAAGGAGCUGAAGUACAGCGUGACUCCUCUGAACGAGGGAUCGCUGUACGUGUUCCGCAUCGCCGCCGAGAACAAGGCGGGCGUGGGCCCGUUCUGUGAGCUGGAGGACUCGGUGCUCGCCAAAGACACUUUCACCACUCCUGGGCCUCCGUACGCCCUCGCCGUGAACGCCGUGACCAAAACAUAUGUGGACCUUCAGUGGGAGGAGCCUAAAAACGAUGGUGGCCGCCCCAUCCUCAGGUUUUCAGUUGAGAAGAAGGAGAAGCUCGGCACGCGCUGGGUUAAAUGUGGGAAGACUUCAGGUCGGGACUGUAAAUACAGAGUGACCGACGUCAUCGAAGGAACAGAGGUUCAGUUCCAGGUCUGCGCCGAGAACGAGGCCGGCAUCGGACAUCCGAGCGAACCCACCGAGAUCCUCACCAUCGAGGAUCCCACAGGUGUCCCAUCUCCACCCAUGGAGCUACACAUCACCGGCGCCAGCCGGGACUUCCUGUCCAUCGGCUGGAAACCUCCGCAGAGGAACGGUGGCUGCCCCAUCUCCGGAUACCACAUCGAGAUGUGCGAGGCCGGAACAGAGAAGUGGAUGAGGGUCAACUCUCGUCCAGUGAAGGAGCUCAAGUACCGUGUGGAAGAGGGUGUGAUCCCUGAGAAGGAGUACAUCCUGAGAGUGAGGGCCAUCAACUCGGUCGGAGUGAGCGAGCCUUCCGACAUCUCCGAGAACGUCUUCGCCAAAGACUCCGACUGUAAUCCGACUCUGGACUUCCAGACUCUGGACCUGGUUGUGGUAGAACACGAGAAGAUGCACAUCCCAGUUCCCUUCCGAGCCGUCCCCUCCCCCAGGAUCACCUGGCACAAGGACGGGAAGGAGCUGAAGGCCGACGAGCGUCUCGGCUUCAGGAAGGAGUACACUUCCUGUCACCUGGAGGUCGACAGCAGCCUUCACGCUGACGCCGGCGUGUACAAAGUCACUCUGGAGAACAAACUUGGAGCCGCCAGCGGCACCAUCAACGUCAAAGUCAUCGGUCUUCCUGGUCCCUGUAAGGAGAUCAUAGCCUCUGAGAUCACAAAGAGCUCCUGCAAAGUGUCCUGGGAUCCUCCAGACUACGACGGCGGCAGCCCCAUCCUUCACUACGUCAUGCAGCGGCGUGAGGCCGGCAGGAGGACCUACGUCAACAUGAUGUCCGGAGAGAACAAGCUGACCUGGAACGUCAAAGACCUGAUCCCGAACGGAGAGUACUACUUCAGAGUCCAGGCCGUCAACAAGAUCGGAGGAGGAGAGUUCGUCGAGCUCCGCAACCCGGUCAUCGCACAGGACCAGAAACAUGUUCCCGACCCACCAGUGGACGUGGAGACCCACAACCCGACCUCCAGCACCAUCACUCUGACCUGGAAGCCUCCCAUGUAUGAUGGCGGCUCGAAAAUCAUGGGCUACGUACUGGAGAGGCAACAAAAGGGCGAUGACAAGUGGGAGAGGUGCAACGACUUCCUGGUGCCCGUCUUGUCCUACACCGUCAGAGGACUGACGGAGGGAAAGCGUUACGCCUUCAGAGUCAGAGCGGAAAACGCAGCCGGAGUCAGCGAGCCGUCACGCGGCACGCUGUUCGUUAAGGUGUCGGACGCUGUUGAUGCUCCGAAGGUCUUCCUGAGCGGCAGCCUGCAGUCAGGGCUCAACGUGAAACGAGGCUGCGAGAUCUGCUUAGACGCCAACAUCUCCGGGGCGCCGUACCCUGAGAUCACAUGGUACUGGAACAACCAGGUGAUCCGGCCCGAGGCGCUGCGCAAGAGGCCCGAAAAGCCCCUGAAGAAGAAAGUGGAGAAGAAGGAGGAAAAGAAAGAGGAGAAGAAAGAGGAGAAGAAGGAAGGAGAGGAGAAAAAGGAGGGAGAGGUGAAGGAGGGAGAGUUGAAGGAGGGAGAGGUGAAGGAAGGAGAAGAGAAGAAAGAAGAAGAGGAGAAAAAGAAGGAGGAGGAGGCAGCAGAGCCGGAAGUGGAAGAGUCUGACUACCCAACGAUAAACGAGCGUCUGACCAUCGACAACCACCGCAGAGGAACGUCCUCCAUCGUCGUCAGGGACUCGAUCCGCGGCGACCACGGCGUCUACAUGGUGAAGCUGGAGAACGACCACGGCACGGCCUCGGCAACCUGCGAGGUCAACGUGCUCGAUACUCCAGGUCCUCCUGUCAACUUCAGAUUCGAGGAGGUGAGGAAGAACUCUGUGGUCUGCAAGUGGGAUGCUCCUCUGGAUGAUGGCGGCAGCGAGAUCAUCAACUACAUCCUGGAGAAGAAGGACAACUCCAAGCUGGAGUUUGGCUGGAGCAGUGUCACCACCACACUGAGAGGCUGCAGAUACCUGGUGCCCAAACUCAUUGAGAAGAAGGAGUACAUCUUCAGGGCCGUGGCCGAGAACAAGUUGGGUGGUGGACCCGCCUGCGUCUCCAAACCACUCAUCGCCAAGAAUCCUUUCGAUCCUCCCGAGGCUCCUGAAAAGCCCGAGAUCGAUGACAUCACAUCCCACAGCAUGCUGGUCACCUGGAACGAGCCCAACGACCACGGCAGCCCCAUCCUGGGAUACUGGGUGGAGCGCCGCGAGAUCAACAGCUCCCACUGGGCUCGGGUCAACAGGAACAUCGUCCCGGACCCUCAGCUGAACGUUGAGGGUCUGCUCGAGGGCCUGACCUACAUCUUCAGGGUGGCAGCUGAAAACCAAGCCGGCCCCGGGAAGUUCAGCGUCCCGUCUGAACCCAAAACAGCCCAAGCUCCGAUCUUACCUCCUGGACCACCUGCCGCCCGAGUGGCGGACACCACUGACCACUCCAUCGACGUGGAGUGGGACCCACCUGCAGACAACGGUGGAGCAGAUAUCCUGGGCUACCACGUGGACAAGGCCAUGGCCGGUUCCAAGGACUGGUCCAGGUCCACAGAGCAUCUCUGGAAGACCCGGGCGUUCACCAUCUACGGAGUCCGUGACGGAGCCAAGUACAUGGUCCGAGUCAUUGCCUGCAACUCAGCCGGAGAGGGAACGCCCGGAUUCACAGAGUCUGUGUUCGUCAAGAAUCCUGCAGAGAAGCCAGUGAUUGAACUGGACCUGUCCGUCAAGAAUGGCUUGGUCAUCAGAGCCGGAGAGAACCUUCGUGUUCCAGCGACAGUCACAGGUAAACCCUACCCCUGCAUCGACUGGACCAAGGAUGAUGGGAAACCCGACAAAGACCGUGUGGAGAUUCUGACCGAAGGCAACGACAGCGUUGUUUCAGUCAACAACGUCCAGAGGAAGGACUGCGGCAAAUACCAGAUCUUUGCUUGCAACCCCAGUGGCAAGAAGUCUGCUUGGUCCAGAGUGGAGGUUGUGGACGUCCCCGGACCUGUCACGGACCUGAAGCCUGUUGUCGUCACUCGUAAGAUGAUCUUCCUGAACUGGGACGACCCUGUGGACGACGGAGGCAGCGACCUCUUGGGCUUCAUCGUCGAACGAAAAGACGGACAGAUGCACGUGUGGAGGCAGCCCGUUGAAACCAUCUCCUCCAAGUGCGAGUGUACCGGCAUCAAUGAGGGACAGGUGUACACGUUCCGCGUUAUUGCCAAAAACAAGUAUGGCCUGGGUCCGCCCGUUGAGCUGGAUCCCAUCACAGCCGAGGACGCGCAGGGUCCACCAUCGUACCCCGAGAAGUUCCAUUACACUGAGCGCACCAAGAACUCCGUUUCAUUUUCCUGGAGGCCGCCGCGUAACGACGGAGGCAGCCCGAUCAUCGGCUACUUCGUAGAGAAGAAGCGACAGGACCAGCAGGCCUACGAGCCGUGCAACGCGGAGAUCGGCCCCAACAACACCAUGACUGUGGAGGGGCUGGAAGACGGCUGGAUGUACGAGUUCAGGAUCAAGUGUGCUAACCUAAUCGGAGAAAGUGAGCCGUCCAUCCCGCUCCAAGUGGUCAUCCAAGACGAUGAAGUGUUUCCUGAGGUCCACAUGCUGAAGCACUUCACGGGCGACAGCAUCAUUGUGAAAAAGGGCGAAGCCAUUGAGCUGCCCGCCGACAUCCUGGGACUCCCCAUCCCUAAGAUCGAGUGGUCCAAAGAUGACGUGGUCAUCGCGGCGCCGACCGAGGCUCUGCUGAUGGAAACAGAGGUGACGGGCAGGUUGAACGCCAAGACGAAGCUGUCCAUCCCAGCGGUCAACAGGAGGGACGCCGGCAGCUACACUGUCACUGCCACCAACAGCAUGGGCACAGCCCAACACACCACCUCCGUCAGUGUGCUGGACCGCCCCCUCCCACCCAGGAACGCGGCGGUGUCCAACAUCAAGGCGGAGUCCUGCUCCCUCCGGUGGGAAGCGCCUCUGAGCGAUGGCGGCAGCGAACUGACCAACUACAUUGUUGAAAAGAAAGAAGUGAGGACAGAGGAGCCGGAGCUGGAAGAGGGACAGGAAGCUCCAGCUGAGCCCGAGUGGGUGGAGGUUACCAACUGCAUCCUUGAGAAGAAACACGGGGUGUGGGACCUUGAGACCAACAAGACCUACGUGUUCCGGGUCCGAGCUGAGAACCGCUACGGUAUAUCUGACCCCAGUGUGACAGAGCAGGUCCAGAUCAUUGACCCCUUCGGCCUCCCUGGCGCUCCAGAGAAACCGACCAUCACGGAAUACGACAAGACCUACAUGACCCUGACCUGGGAGCCUCCCAGGGACAAUGGCGGCUCCAUGAUUAUUGGCUACUGGCUGGAGAAGAGAGAGAAAGGCACCAGCUACUGGGCCAAAGUCAACAAGGGGCCGGUCACCAAGAGGGGAACCAAAGGCUGGGAGUACCAGGCGACUCGUCUGUUUGAAGGAACUGAGUACGAGUUCCGAGUUGCUGCCUUCAACUCUGCAGGAGCUGGACCGUUCAGUGGGCCGUCCGACUCUGCCUUCGCCGUCAGUCCGAUCACUCCUCCCAGCAUGCCCGCUGCUCCUGAGGUGGCUGAUAAGACGAAGCACAACGUCAAUCUGACCUGGAAACCGCCAGCGAGCGACGGGGGAAGUCCCAUCAAAGGUUACAUCAUCCAGAUCCAGAGUGAAGGUUCCGCCUUGUGGAUGACGGUGAACGACCCUGACACCGUUCACCCGACCACUGAGUACACAGUGCCCAGCCUCCGCGAGCUGAAGCACUACCGCUUCCGGGUCAUCGCCGUCAACGACAUCGGCGAGUCGGACCCCAGCCCACGCACCGGAGAGGUGCUGAUCGAGGAUGUCAAGCUCGGACCGUCCAUCUCCAUCGACGUGUCUGUCGACGACCUGCUCUACAUCCGUGCCGGUGAUCCUAUCAAGAUCGCCGCCAGCAUUAAGGGCCGCCCAGAACCCAAGGUCACCUGGGACUUUGAUGGCAAAGCCAAGUCGCACAAGAAAAACAAAGUGCACACGCUGCCCGUGGACUCCGAGGUGGAGUCCACUGACACCACGUCUGUGGUGAUGAUCCCUGUGAGUCUGAGGAGCCACUCUGGACGUUACACCAUCACUGCAAAGAACAAGUCUGGACAGAAACACGUCAACGUCAGAGUCAAUGUCCUCGAUGUACCCGGAGCUCCGAAAGACCUGAGAGUUACUGACAUAACCCGGGCCACCAUGAGGCUGAUCUGGAAACUGCCCGAUAGUGACGGAGGAGAGAGAAUUAAGAGCUACUUCAUCGAGAAGAAAAGCGUCACUGACAAGGCCUGGACCAAGGUGCACGCAGCCUGUGCCAGUCAGGCGUACGUGGUGCCCGGUCUGCUGGAGGGUCAGGACUACCUGUUCAGGAUCCGAGCUGAGAAUCGACUCGGGUUUGGUCCGUUCACCGUCACCACGGAACCUGCUCGGGCCAGAGAUCCCAUCUACCCCCCCGACCCCCCGACCAAGCUGAAGGUUAACCUGGUGACAAAGACGGCCGUGACUCUGAGCUGGGAGGCGCCGACAAACAACGGCGGCUCCCCGGUGAAGCAUUACAUCAUCGAGCGUCUGAGCUGGGACACCAGCGGCAAAGAGAAGGAGACGUGGAAACAGUGCAACAAGAGAGACGUGGAGGAGCUGGGCUUCGUGGUGGAGGACCUGAAGGAGGGAGGAGAAUAUGAGUUCAGGGUGAAAGCUGUGAACGCUGCCGGACCCAGCCGACCCUCGGCCACCAUCGGACCCAUGUUCAUCAAGGAUCAGACAUGUGCUCCCACCAUCGAGCUGCGUGAGGCCCUGGAGGGCGAGGAGGGCUGUGAUGUCAGCUUGGUGGCGAAGGUGAGCGGCUGUCCGUUCCCCACUCUCACCUGGAGCAUGGCCAGCCUGGCCACACCUGAAGAGAAGGCUGCCGUCCAGUACGGCCAGCACAUCAGCAAACUGGUGACGCAGAACAAAUGCACGCUGCUGAUCCAGCAGGCCAGCAGGCUCGACAGCGCCCUCUACAGCCUGACGGCCAAAAACAGCCUGGGCUCUGUCACCAAGGACAUCAAGCUCUCGGUGCUGGGACCCCCUGGCCAGCCCGUCGCACCAAUCACAUUGACCGAGGUGUUUGCAGACAGGAUCGGUCUGGCCUGGAGCCCUCCCACAGACGACGGAGGAUCCAAGAUCACCAACUACGUGGUGGAGAAGCGCGAGGACAACAGGAAGUCCUGGGUGCACGUUUCCAACGACCCCAGAGAGUGCGUGUACGUGGUGACCCGUCUGACGGAGAACCAUGAGUACGAGUUCCGAGUCAUGGCCCAGAACAAGUUCGGAGUCGGGCCUCCACUGGUCAGCCCGGCGGAGAAGGCCAGAAACUUGUUCACCGUCCCGGGUCAGUGUGAGAAACCGACCAUUACCGAGAUCUGCUUCGAGUCCAUGACCGUCAACUGGGACGAGCCAAAGUACGACGGAGGCUCCCCCAUCACCGGCUAUUUCGUAGACAAGAAGGAGACCACCUCCAAGCGCUGGGCGCGUGUGAACCGCGACCCGAUCCGAGCGCUGCCCCUGGGCAACAGCUGGGACGUCUUCAGCCUGCUGGACUACGCCCUGUACCAGUUCAGGGUCAUCGCCGCCAACGCUGCUGGCUGCGGCCUCCCCAGUUUGCCCUCCGACCCGAUCCUCUGCAGAGACCCCAUCAAACCUCCCGGACCACCGACUCCGAAGGUGACCGACUGGACAAAGUCCACAGUGGAUCUGGAGUGGAUCGCUCCUGUGGAGGACGGAGGGUCAAAGGUCACUGGCUACAUCGUAGAGUUCCAGGAAGUGAAUAAGGAGGAGGAGGAGAAGAAAGCCAAGAGGAGGCUGCUGAUGCUGAGCGAGGCCGAGGAGGAGCAGGAGCCCACGGCCGAGGACAGUUGGACCAAGGCAAAGGAAACAGAAAUCAGAGGAACCAGGUUUGUGGUGGAUGGCCUGAAGGAAGGAGGUCUGUACCGCUUCCAAGUCCGAGCCGUGAACGUUGGCGGAGUGGGAGAAGCGGGACUCGUGUCAGAGCUGAUCGAAACCAAAGACAGAACGAUUCCUCCUGAGAUGGACCUGGACGCCUCGGUGAAGGAGAAGAUCGUGGUCCACGCUGGAGCCACCAUCCGCAUCAUCGCCUACGUGUCUGGUAAACCCGCCCCACAGAUCACCUGGUGCCGAGACGACGCCGAGGUGCCCAAAGAGGCCGUGGUGGAGACGACGGGCAUCUCCAACUCGCUGGUCAUCAAGAACUGCAAACGCCAGCACCAGGGAAUCUACACCCUGUGUGCCAAGAACGAGGGAGGAGAGAGGAAGAAGGCCGUCGUGGUGGAAGUCCUGGACGUCCCUGGACCGGUCGGUCUUCCCUUCGCUGGUGAGAACCUGACCAACGACUCCUGUAAGUUGACCUGGUGCUCCCCCGAGGACAAUGGUGGAUCGGCCAUCACCAACUACAUCAUCGAGAAGAGGGAGUCGGACCGCAUGGGCUGGACCUCGGUGUCCUACACGGUGACGAGGAACAACGCCGUGGUUCAGGGACUCAUUGAUGGGAAAGGCUACUUCUUCAGGAUUGCAGCCGAGAACAUCAUCGGCAUGGGACCAUUCAUCGAGACGGACAAGAUGGUUCUCAUCAAGGACCCCAUCUCCGUCCCCGAGCGUCCAGAGGACCUGUUCGUCACCGCCGUUACCAAGGACUCCAUCUCCGUCGCCUGGAGACCGCCCAAGUACGAUGGCGGCGCUGAGGUGAUCGAGUACGUCCUUGAGUCCCGCAUGGUCGGCCGUGACAACUUUACACGCGUAGGUGCCGAGGACAAACUGAUGGACAGGAAGUUCACUAUGACCGGGCUGAAGGACGGGUCAAGCCAUGAGUUCAGAGUCUCUGCCAUCAACCAGGUGGGACAAGGGAAACCGUCCUUUGCCACCAAACCGGUGCAGUGCAAGGACGAGAUCGAACCUCCAACUCUGGACCUGGACUUCAGAGACAAGACGAUGGUGAAGGUUGGAGACAGCUGCACACUGUCGGGACGCUACAGCGGCAAACCAGCCCCGGCCGUCAGCUGGAAGAAGAACGACGAAGAGCUGAAGGUCGAUGAGGAGAUCCACCUCCACAGCACCACCCGCCAUCUCAGCCUGAACAUCAGCAAAGCCAAGAGAGAGCACAGCGGCUGCUACUGCGUCAGCGUGGAGAACGCCGCCGGAGCUCGCACAGGAAUCUGCACCGUCACAGUGGUCGACCGUCCUCAGCCUCCAGAGGGACCUGUGGUCUUCAACGAGGUCUACAGGAACUACAUGGUGAUCUCCUGGAACGCGCCUCUGGAUGACGGAGGCUGCGCCAUCUCCAACUACAUCAUCGAGAAGAGAGACACCAACAGAGACCUGUGGAUGCCUGUCACCGCGUCCUGCACCAGGACGUCCUGCAAGGUACCGAAGCUGAUCGAGGGUCGUGACUACAUCGUCAGGAUCAUGGCUCAGAACAUCUACGGCAUCAGCGAGCCGCUCCUGUCUGCAGAGACCAAGGCCAGAGACGUGUUCAAGGUGCCUGACGCUCCUAGACAGCCCACGGUGAAAGAGGUCUUCCAUGACUCCGCCCUCAUCAGCUGGGAACCACCAGCUGACGGAGGAAAACCCAUCACCAGCUACAUCGUGGAGAGGAAGGAGACCAUGGCCAACAGGUGGGUGCGAUGCAAUACGGACAAAAUCUAUCCGAAGGUGGAGUACUGGAUAACGGAGCUGCUACAAGGUUGUGAGUACGAGUUUCGAGUCAGUGCUGAGAACGAGGUGGGAGCCGGCGACCCAAGUCCACCAUCCAAACCCGUCUUUGCCAAGGAUCCAAUAGUGAAACCUGGUCCACCAGUGAACCUCCAGGCCAUCGACUUCACCAAGGAGUCUGCGACUCUGUCCUGGGACCCGCCCACCGACACCGGAAGAGGAAAGAUCUUUGGAUACCUGGUGGAGUUCAUGAAGGCUGGAGAGGAGGAGUGGCAAAAGGUGAACCAGACUCCAGACUCCUGCCAGGAGACCAAAUUGAAGGUGAUCAACCUGGAUGAUGGCGGUCUUUACCGCUUCAGAGUUAUGGCCGUCAACGCUGCUGGAGAGUCUGACCCGGCUAAUGUGAAAGAGCCAGUCAGAGUGCAAGAAAGACUUGAGCCUCCAGAGCUGGAUCUGGAUGCCGCAAUGACCCGAGAGAUCAAGGCCCUGAGCGGCACUCACAUCACUCUGAUGGCAGCCAUCAAAGGCGCCCCGUUCCCCAAGGUCACCUGGAAGAAGAACGAUGCUGAGGUUCCCACCAGGGCGGACAUUGAAACCAACACUGCAGGCACUAAGCUGGAGAUGAGGUUCUGUAACCGUGAUGACUGUGGAGAUUACACCCUGAAUGUGGAGAACCCAGUCGGAUCCAAGACAGUCACCUGCACUGUGCUGGUCCUGGACAAACCUGGACCCAUCCAGCACCUCCGGGCAUCGGAUGUCAGAAGUGACUCUGCCUACCUUUCCUGGAAGGACCCAGAAGACAACGGCGGUGUUCGCAUUACAAACUUUGUGGUUGAGAAGAAAGACACAACAUCCACUCAGUGGGUCCCCGUCUGCUCCACAUCCAAGAAACGCAGCAUGACGCUGAAGCACCUGAUGGAGGGCACAUCCUACGUGUUCAGAGUCGCUGCUGAGAACCAGUAUGGCCGCAGCGAGUACGUUGAGAUGCCCAAGGCCAUCAAGGCAAUGAACCCACUCUUCCCCCCUGGUCCUCCCAAAGACCUGCACCAUGUCGACGUGGACAAGACCGAGGUGUGGUUGGUCUGGAACUGGCCUGACCGCAAUGGAGGAAGUGAGAUAACAGGCUUCCUGGUGGAGUAUCAGGAGGAGGGAGAGAGGGAAUGGGAUGAGUGGAAGAUGGUCAGCAUCCCCGAGAGUCAUGUGACUGGCCUGGAGGAAGGAAAGACCUACCGCUUCAGAGUGAGGACCGAGAAUGCCAUUGGCCUGAGCAGACCCGACACCACCGUGCCCAUCCUCUGCCAGGAGAAACUGGUGGCUCCAAUCGUGGAGUUGGACGUGAAGCUGAUUGAAGGCAUCGUUGUGAAGGCCGGCACCACCAUCAGGCUGCCAGCUAUCAUGAGAGGAAUCCCUGUUCCUGCUGCCAAGUGGUCCAUCGAUGGAGAGGAGAUCACCAGCCAGGGCAACAUCAAGAUCGACACUGACAACUUCUCCACUGUGCUCAGCAUCAAUGAGUGCACAAGGAACCACAGUGGCACCUACCUGCUCACUGUGUCCAACCCAGCUGGAACCAAGACAGUGGGCUUGAACGUCAGUGUCCUGGAUGUUCCAGCUGCUCCCAUUGGACCUGCCAACAUCCUGGAAGUCGCUCCUGACUCAAUGAUGAUUGAAUGGCGUCCUCCCAAGGAUGAUGGUGGCAGCCCUGUCACCAACUACAUUGUGGAGAAGAGGGAGUCCAACAAGGAGACCUGGGGAGGUGUAACCUCAGGCAGCCUCGCCACCCAGCUCAGGAUAACCCGCCUGCAGAAGGGAGUGGAAUAUGUAGUUCGCAUUCGUGCUGAGAACAAGAUGGGUAUUGGUGCUCCUCUGGAGACCAAGCCCACUGUUGCUGAGCACUCCUUCAUGGCACCUAGUGCACCUGGUAAGCCACAGACCUCUGAUAUCUCAGAAGACGCUGUCACAGUCGGCUGGACCAUGCCCCUGUCUGAUGGCGGCAGCCAGAUCAAUGGCUACAUCAUUGAGCGCAGACAUAAGGGAGGAAAAUGGAUCCGUGUCAAUAAGACACCUUGCCAGGACCUGAGGUACAGAGUCCUGGGUCUGUUUGAGGGUAAUGAGUACGAGUUCAGAGUGUUUGCUGAGAAUGUCGCUGGCUACAGUGGACCCUCCCCCAUCUCUGACCCCUGCAAGCCCUGCAGGCCUAUCACUGUCCCAAGUCCACCUGUGAACCCCAGAGUUAAAGAUUACAGCAAGACCACUGCUGACCUGGUCUGGACCAAACCCAAUAAAGACGGCGGCAGCCCCAUCAUGGGCUACAAUGUGGAAAUAAAGAAAGGAGAUACUGACGAAUGGAAAAAAUUGAACCUGGAAGACUUCGUCAAGCAGUGUGCCUAUAGGGUGGAGGGACUGGAAGAGGGCGUGACCUACAGAUUCAAAGUUUGUGCCUCAAACAUGAUCGGAGAUGGAGAACCCAGAGAAGUCCCAGAGUCCAUCACAACACAGGAUAUCCUCAUCCCUCCAGAGAUCGAGAUGGAGGCCUCCUGCAGAGAGCGUAUCACUGUGCGUGCCGGACACAAUAUCAACAUUAUUGGUUACAUUAAGGCUCGUCCUGACCCCGAGGUCAUUUGGUCAAAGGAGGAAACAGUUUUGGAGAGCAGCAAACGCGUCACCAUCUAUCAGAACUUCCCCUUGGUCCACUUGAAGAUUAAGGAGGCCACGAGAGCCGACCAUGGCCAGUACGUCCUUAAGGCUUCAAAUGUAGGCGGCGAAGCCUCCUGCACAAUCAUAGUCAAUGUGCUGGACAGACCCAGCCACUGCCAGAGCCUGCACAUUACCUAUUCAACCAAGGAUUCAUGCAUGAUCAACUGGGAGGCCCCUAAAGACAACGGUGGAUCUGAGAUCACAAACUACAUUGUGGAGUGCCGUGAGCCUAGCAUGUGCAUGUGGUCUAUGAUCUCCUCCCACUGCACAAAUCGCAAGAUCAAGGCCAAACUGAUGGAGGGCCAUGAGUACCUAUUCCGUGUCUGUGCAGCGAACAAAGUAGGACCUGGACCAACUGUUGAGACCAAGACUCCUCUGAUGGCCAUUGACCCCAUUGAAAAGCCUGGUGAGCCUGAGAAGUUCAGAGCCACCGACAUUGGUAAGAACUAUGUCUAUCUGAGAUGGAGGAAGCCCGACUAUGAUGGUGGAAGCCCCAACCUCUCGUACAACCUGGAGUGCAAAGUCAAAGAUGCUGCUGAUUGGGAGAAACUCAACACUGGCCCUCUCACCGAUACCUUCUUCCUGGCUGACAAGUGCCUAGAGAAUCAGACGUACACCUUCAGGGUGCAGACUGUUAAUGAGGGAGGUGAAAGUGCCUGGGUGAGUCUUGCUGAUAUAGUGGUUAGGGAGGAGAUCCAGAAGCCUGUCAUUGACCUGAAGCUGGCUGGAGCUCUGACAGUGAUGGUUGGAGAAUCGGUCAGGAUGGAGGCCGGCCUGAGAGGAAAACCCCAGCCUGAAGUCAAAUGGACCAAAGACAAGGCUGUUGGAGACAACCCAAGAAUCAGCUAUGACACUGGGUCCGACUACUCCAAGUUCCUCCUGACAAAGUCCAGACGCACUGACACUGGAAAAUACAUCAUCACUGCCACUAACUCAGCCGGCACCUUCACAGCAUACGCCACCGUCAAUGUCCUGGAUGUCCCCGGAGCUGUAAGGAACCUGAGGGUUACAGGCCUCAGUGCAGACAAGUGCAGAGUGGUGUGGGAUGCUCCAGAGGAUGAUGGAGGUUGUGAGGUGGACAGCUACAUAUUGGAGAAAUGUGAGACCAGGAGGAUGGUCUGGUCAACCUACUCAUCCUCUGUGGUCAACCCGUACUGCAACGUCACUCGUCUCGUGGAGGGCAACGAGUACAUCUUCAGGGUGAGGGCUGAGAACAAGAUGGGAGCAGGCCCUGCCAUGGAGAGCAAGCCUGUCACGGUCAAGACUCAGUUCAACAAGCCUGGGCCCCCUGAGGCCCCAGAGGUCACCAAGGUGAGUAAAGAGGAGAUGACAGUGGUGUGGGCUCCUCCUGAGAACGACGGAGGAAAGUCAAUCACUGGUUACAUCCUGGAGAGGAAAGAGAAAAGGGCGGUCCGCUGGGUGCCGUGCACCAAAAGCCCAAUCUCCGAGAGGCGCAUGAAGGUCACCAACCUGAUUCCUAACCACGAGUACCAGUUCAGAGUGAAGGCUGAGAAUGAGGUUGGUCUUGGCGAGCCCAGCAAACCUUGCAGACCCGUCGCAGCCAAAGAUCCCAUUGAGCCCCCCGGCCCCCCUGCAGGGCUGAAGGUGGCUGACAGCACUAAGACCUCUAUCUCACUGUCCUGGUCCAAACCUGUGUACGAUGGUGGUGCCCCAAUAAUUGGCUACAGCUUGGACUUGAGGCUGAAGAGCGAGGCAGACCCUGAAAAGCCCACAGAGGGCUGGUCGAAAAUUGACACCAAUGGCCCAUUGGUACUCACAGAGUUCACCAUUAUUCAGCUGGAUGAAAAACAAGAGUAUGAGUUCAAGGUGUCGGCCAAAAACCAGGUGGGCUGGGGACGCCACGUGUACCUGAAAGAGGCCGUCUUCCCCAAGGAGGUCCUGGAGGCUCCAGAGAUCGAGCUGGAUGCCAGUCUGAGAAAGGGUCUGUCAGUUCGAGCUGGAUGUCCAAUCAGGCUGUUUGCUGUAAUCAGAGGACGACCUGCCCCCAAGGUUACCUGGAAGCGUAUCGGUGUGGACAAUGUGAUCCGCCGAGGCCACGUGGACCAGGUGGACACCAUGUCCUUCCUGGUAAUUCCUGAAAGCACCAGAGAGGAUUCUGGGAGAUACUCACUGACUCUGUCCAACUCAGUGGGAGAGAAAGCUGUCUUUGUCCGUGUCAAAGUGCUUGACACCCCUGGUCCCGUUGGCGGCUUUGAGGCAACUGAGGUCACCAAGACAUCAGCUCAACUGGCCUGGUUGCCACCAGACAAUGACGGUGGCAGUACCAUUAUCAACUACAUUGUGGAGAAACGCGAGGUGGACAGGAAGACAUGGAACAAGUGCACUGAGGUCCUGAAGAAGACGAGCUUCAAGGUGACCAACAUGACACCUGGAGUCGAGUACUACUUCAGAGUCACAGCCUGCAACAAGUAUGGCAUUGGUGUUCCUCAGGACUCACCCAAGUCCUACCUGGCAGUCGAUCCCAUUAGUGAACCUGACCCUCCGAAGAAGAUGGACGUGUUGGAGAUCACUAAGAACAGCGCCACACUUGGUUGGCUGAAGCCACUCAGAGAUGGUGGAGCCAAAUUAAACGGUUAUGUGGUGGACUACCACGAAGAGGGCGCACCAGAAGACAAGUGGACACCUUAUUCUGUGGUCAAAGACCUGACCAUCGUGGUGGUUGGUCUCAAGGAAGGAAAGAAGUACAAGUUCAGAGUGGCAGCCAGAAACUCAGUGGGAGUCAGUCUGGCGAGAGAGGCAGAGGGAAUGUUUGAGAUCAAGGAGCAGCUCAUGGCUCCUAAGGUAAUCUUGCCCGAUACUGUGACCGUCAGAGCUGGAUCCAAGAUGGUGAUUGAGGCUAUUGUGGCAGGUAAACCUGCUCCCGUCUGCAAGUGGAUGCAGGGCAGCGAGGCCGUGCUGACCUCUGACCGACUGUCGAUUGUCAAGACGCUGACAACCUGCACGCUAAUCAUCAAAAACGUUACAAGAAACGACAGCGGCUACUACAGCCUGUCAGUGGAGAACAGCACAGCCAGGAUCAACCACAUCCUCAAAGUCAUCGUAAUGGACAUUCCCGGACCUCCUGAAGCUCCUCUGGAGAUCACCGAAAAGGACAUUGACGCCUGCACACUGCUGUGGAAUUCGCCACAAGAGAACGGCGGCAGCCACAUCACCAACUACAUUGUAGAGAAGUGUGACGUCAGCGAGGGUGACUGGAUCCCUGUGUCCACAUCCUGCACUAAAACUAGCUUCAGAAUACAAAAACUGACAACUGGCAAAGAGUACGGCUUCCGAGUCCGUGCUGAGAACAGGUUCGGCAUCUCCGAGCCCAUUUAUUCUGAGAAGAUGAUCGCCAAACAUCCAUUUGAUCCUCCCAGUGAGCCCCGAAACCUGCAGGUCAACAAGGUCAACAAGGAAUCUGUCAUCCUGUCAUGGGAGCCUCCCAGCAGCGAUGGCGGCAGCCCCAUCACUGGAUACUGCAUUGAAAAGAAGGAGAGGAACAGCCUUCUGUGGGCAAAGGCCAACGAAUCUGUGGUCAAAGCCACCCAGUACACCUGCGCCAACCUGAUCGGGGGACUGGAGUACACGUUCAGGGUGUCAGCACUUAACCUGGCUGCACAGGGCAAACCUUGCAAACAGACGGACUUCAUCACCACCAGGAGUGCAGUUGACCCACCAGGUAAACCUGAGGCCAUGGAUGUGACCAAGAGCAGUGUGUCAUUGGUUUGGACCAGACCUAGGCAUGACGGCGGCAGCAAGCUGACUGGCUACUACAUGGAAUACACAAAACUUCCCGGGGAGAAGUGGAUUCGCUGCAACGCAAACUGCAUCAACAUCCAGACGGAGAAAUACGUGGUGACCGGCCUGGAGGAGGGUCAACAAUACCAGUUUAGAGUCAUUGCCAAGACGGCCAUCAACAUCAGCCUGCCAUCAGAGCUGUCUGACCCCAUCCCGGUCAUUGCAGAGAACGUUCCUCCUCGUGUGGAACUAGGUGUCAACAUGAAGAACUUGAUUGUGGUGAAGGCAGGAGAGAACAUCUCCCUGGAUGCUGAGGUAUUCGGCAAACCACUGCCCAAGGUGAGCUGGAAGAGAGAUGGAAUUCCACUGGUCAUCACUGAGGGAAUGAAGAUGAUCGAGAAGAAACACGUUCACCUGCUGGAGCUCUACGCUGUGACUAGGAAGGAGUCUGGAGACUACACCAUCACCGCACAGAACAUCAACGGCUCCAAGUAUGCCACCGUAAAGGUCAAGGUGCUUGACAAACCAGGACCUCCAGCCUCUGUGAAAGCUACCAAAGUAUUUUCUGACCGUGUCAAGAUUCGAUGGGAGCCCCCAGUUGCAGAUGGUGGCUCUGAAAUCACUAACUACAUCAUUGAGAAACGUGAGACCAGCAGGGCCAAUUGGGCACAGGUCACCUCCAAUAUCCACGGACACAUCACCGACUGCUCAGUAGAGAAACUCAUCGAAGGACAUGAGUACCAGUUCAGAGUCAGUGCUGAGAACCAGUACGGUGUGGGAGAUCCCAUCAUGACUGACGGUGUCAUGGUCAAGAAUCCAUACGAUGUUCCUGGUCCCUGCGAGCCACCAGUCAUCACCAACAUUACCCAAAACUCCAUGACCGUCAGCUGGAAGGCUCCAGCUAACGACGGCAAGGCUCCCAUCCUGGGCUACAUGAUGGAGAAGCGUGAGGCUACAGAACUGACCUGGGCUAAGGUCAACCGCAAGCCUGUCAUCGACAGGACCAUCAAGGCAGCUCAGCUGACGGAAGGCUCUGAGUACGAGUUCAGAGUCAUCGCCAUCAACAAGGCCGGUCUGGGCAAACCCAGUGACGCUUCCAAUGCUGCACUUGCUGUCGAUCCUGUCUAUCCUCCCGGUCCACCUGCCUUCCCCAAGGUGGUGGACUCCACCAAGAGCUCCAUCAGCCUCAGCUGGACCAAACCCGCAUACGAUGGUGGCUGUGAGAUCAUUGGCUAUCUGGUGGAGUGCAAGCGAGCGGAGGCUGAGGACUGGACCAAGUGCAAUGUCCCGAAAAAGCUCCAGGCCACUAAAUUCGUGGUGACAGGCCUGAUGGACACCACAGAGUACCAGUUCAGAGUCACCGCUGUCAACAAGAUCGGCUACAGUGAGCCCAGCGAGGUCCCUGGGAACCACACCCCCAAGGACAUCCUCAUUGCUCCUGAAGCAGAGCUGGAUGCUGAUCUGAGAAAGGUGUUGGUUCUUCGAGCUGGUGUCACCAUGAGGCUCUACGUCCCACUUAGAGGGCGUCCUGCUCCUAAGGCUACCUGGACUAAAGUUGACGCCAACCUGAAGGACAGGCAGGGCCUGUUGAUCAAGACAACAGAGUGGGACACCUUCCUGGUGAUCGAGGACGUUAACAGAUACGAUGCCGGCAAAUACGUCCUGACACUGGAGAACAGCAGCGGCUCCAAGAGCUACACCAUCGUGGUCAAAGUCCGGGACUCUCCCGGACCUCCUGUGAACCUGAUCGUGAAGGAGACCUCCAGAAACCAUGCCUUUAUCACCUGGGAGGUCCCAGUGAUUGAUGGCGGUAGCCCGGUGAAGAGCUACAUUGUAGAGAAGCGUCUGGCAGAGAGGAAGGCCUGGACCUGUGUGAACGCAGAGUGUCACAAGAUCUCAUUCAGAAUUCCAAACCUGGAGGGCGGACAGGCCUACUGCUUCAGAGUGCUGGCAGAAAACUCAUAUGGCAUUGGAGAGGGCUGUGAGACCGCUGGCAGCGUGCGAGCUUCAGAACAACCUGGUCCGGUGACAGACCUCACAGCUCAGAAGACCACCAAGGACUCCAUCACCCUGGGCUGGAAGAAGCCUCUCAGCGAUGGUGGAAGCUACAUCACCGCUUACAUUGUAGAACAGAGCGAAGGCGAGGAGAAGUGGAAGGAGAUCAUGAAGAGCAAGACCAGCUCACACACUAUAAGCGAGCUGACCACGGGAAAGGAGUACUUGUUUAAAGUCAAAGCACUCAAUGAGUCCGGGGAGGGACCGCCCACCGAGCUCACCGUUGUUGCCAAGGACCAGUUUGUGCUACCUGAAUGCAACCUGAGCAGUCUCCUCGACGGCUGCUGUGUGGUGAAGGAGGGCAGCACCACGCGUAUUAACAUCCCUGUAACAGGAGUGCCCUACCCCACUGCCACCUGGAAGAAGGGUGAUACGGGACUCGGAGACACUGGCCGGAUGUGCGUGGAGGCAUCUCAGGGCGUCACCACUCUGCUGAUCAGAGACUGCCACAGAGGAGAUGCUGACACCUACACCAUCAAUGUCAGGAACAACGCUGGCUCCAAGGAGUGCAAGUUCCAGCUGAAGGUGGUCGGCAAGCCUGGCAUUUGCAGCGGACCAAUUAAGUUUGACGAGAUCACUGCUGAUGGUAUCACUCUGGAGUGGGAACCACCCACAGAUGAUGGCGGUGCAGAAGUAUCGAAUUACAUUGUGGAGAAGAGAAGGACGACAGACAAUAAGUGGGCCACCGUGGCUUCAGCCCUCCAGAAGACCACCAUGAGGGUGAUCAGGCUCCAUGAUGGAGUAGAGUACUUCUUUAGAGUUUCCGCUGAGAACAAGUAUGGGGUUGGACAGUAUCUGAGGUCGGACCCAGUAAUUGCACAGCAUCCAUUCGACGUGCCCGAUGCACCCGCUCCCCCAGAAAUCAUGAACAUCCGCCAUGAGUCAGCCAUCUUGACAUGGGCUGACCCCAAGGACACCGGUGGCUCCCCAAUCACUGGAUAUCAUGUGGAGUUUAAGGACAGGAACAGUCUGAUGUGGAAACGGGCCACAAAGACUCCUCUCCGAGUGAAGGAGUGCAGAGUCACUGGGUUGAUCGAGGGGCUCGAGUACGAGUUCAGAGUGAUGGCCAUGAACGCGGCCGGCCUGGGGAAGACAAGCAGGGCCACUGAGGCUGUGGUCGCCCUGGAUCCUAUUGAUCCUCCUGGCAAGCCUGAAGUGAUUAACGUCACCAGGACCACGGUCACUUUGAUCUGGACUGCUCCCAAAUAUGACGGUGGCUACAAGCUGACUGGCUACAUGGUGGAGAAGCUGGAAUCUGGGGGCAAAGCCUGGGCGAAGGCCAAUCAUGUCAACAUCCAGGGCUGUGCCUUCACCGUCAGCGACCUGUCUGAGGGAUCUCAGUAUGAAUUCAGGGUCAGGGCCAGGAACGGUGCUGGUGCAAUCAGUGUUCCUUCAGAGUCUACUGAUCUUCUGACCUGCAAGGAUGAGUAUGAACCUCCAACAAUUACUAUUGAUCCUGACAUGAAGGAUGGAGUAUCAGUCAGAGCUGGAGAUACCAUUGUGAUCUCAGCCUCCAGUAUUGUCGGCAAACCUCCACCCACUUCUGUCUGGUCCAAGGGAGGCCGUGAGUUCAAGACCUCUGACAUCGUCACCAUUGCCAGCACCCCCACUUCCUCUAGUCUAUCCAUUAAGUAUGCAAGCCGGAAGAACACAGGAGAAUACACCAUCACCGCCAGCAACCCCUUCGGCAUUAAGGAGGAACAUGUAAAGGUGAAGGUCCUGGAUGUGCCUGGACCUCCAGGCCCCAUUGAAGCCAGUAAUAUUUCAGCUGAGAAGUGCACUCUGACAUGGCUUCCUCCAGAGGAGGAUGGAGGCUGCUCUAUCAAGUCCUACAUUGUGGAGAAGAGAGAGACCAGCCGCCUGCAGUGGACCAAGCUUGCUGAAAAUGUCAUGGACUGCAGAUGUGUGGCCCACAAACUUAUUAAGGGCAAUGAGUACAUCUUCAGAGUGUCUGGUAUAAACCAGUAUGGCACUGGCGACUCGAUCAACUCUGAUCCAGUCAAAAUGGUUGACAGUUUCCGCCCACCAGGUCCACCCUCAACCCCAGAGAUUGACAACGUGACUCGGACUGCUGUCACCAUUUCAUGGAAGAGACCAGCACAGGAUGGUGGAAGUGAGAUCAGAGGAUAUUGUGUGGAGAGGAAAGAGAGGAGAGGAAUGAGAUGGGUGAGAGCCUGUAAGCGGACGGUCCCUGACCUGCGCUUUAAGGUGCAAGGCCUGAGCGAGGGAGUAGAAUACGAGUUCAGAGUCACUGCUGAGAACAAGGCUGGAUUUGGGGAGCCAAGUGAGCCAUCGUGCCCUGUGACGACCAAGGACAUCGUGUAUCCACCUGGCCCACCGUCCAGUGCCAGAAUUACAGACACCACAAAAACGACAGUUACCUUUGCCUGGGGCCGACCCCACUACGACGGUGGUCUGGAAGUAGAUGGAUACAUCGUUGAGUACAAAAAGGAGGGCCUGGAUGAUUGGGAGACAGAGACACAGUUCCCAUUGAAAGCUACUGAAACUGUUAUUGGUAAACUUCAAAAAGGUGGUAAAUACCACUUUAGAGUCAGCGCUGUUAACUCUGAGGGAGUUGGCGAGCCUGCAGAGGUUGAGAAAGUGACCGAACUUGUGGACCAGGAGUCACUGCCAGACUUUGAGCUGGAUGCUGAUCUCAGGAGAACCCUAGUGGUCAGGUGUCGUGCUUCCAUCCGUUUGUUUGUUCCCAUCAGGGGCCGUCCCGUUCCUGAAGUAACUUGGAGCAAAGAUGACACCAACCUGAAAACACGUGCACACAUUGACACCACAGAGUCCUACACCCUACUGGUUAUUCCUGACUGUACCAGAUAUGACGCUGGAAAGUACCACCUAUGUCUGGAGAAUGUUGCUGGAAAGAAGACAGGCUUUGUUAAUGUGAAAGUUCUUGACACACCAGGACCACCAGUCAACCUCAAAGAGAGAGAAAUCACUAAAAACAGCAUCCAUCUCCAGUGGGAAAUUCCCAUUAUUGAUGGUGGCUCCAAGAUUCAUAACUAUAUUAUUGAAAAGAGAGAGGCCACCAAGAAGGCAUACACAGUGCUUAGCACCACAUGGCAGAAGUGUUCCUUUAAAUUUACAGCCCUUGAAGAGGGAGCUUACUACUACUUCCGUAUAUCUGCUGAGAAUGACCUGGGUGUGGGUCAGCCUGCAGAAACCGCCGAGCCAAUCAGGGUGUCUCAAGCCCCCUCUGCACCAGAGAACUUGUACGUCACAGAUGUAACCGCUGACAGUGCCAGUCUAGCAUGGAUCAAGCCCCUGCAUGACGGUGGCAGCUUGAUCACUGGAUAUGUCAUUGAGGCCCAGAAGAAGGACACUGACCAGUGGGUCCAUGUGGCCACCAUCAAAGCUCUCGACUACACUGUCACGGAUCUGAUUGAAGGGGCGGAGUAUAUCUUCCGCAUCAUGGCCGUCAAUGCAUCAGGUAGGAGCGACCCCCGUGAGAGCAGGCCUGCGCUUAUCAAAGAGCAGACCUCCGCUCCCUCCUUCGACCUGCGGGGAGUCUACCAGAAGACGGUGAUUGCCAAGGCAAGGGACCGUGUCAAGAUAGAGAUUCCAGUGCUCGGUAAACCCAAGCCUGUUGUUUCCUGGAAGAAAGAAGGUGUAGUUCUCAAGGAGACACAAAGAAUCAACACUGAAACAACAUCAACAUCAACUAUCCUCAACAUCAAUGAGAUCAAGAGGACUGAUGGCGGUCAGUAUUCUAUGGUUGGAAAGAACAUGCUGGGAACAGUGACAGAGACAAUCACAGUCCUAGUCCACGACAUUCCAGGUCCUCCCACUGGUCCCAUUAAGCUGGAUGAGAUCUCUUGUGAUUACGUUCUUAUGUCCUGGGAGGCACCAGAGAGCGAUGGAGGAGUUCCUAUUGGCAACUAUAUUGUUGAGAUGCGGGACACUACCGGUACUUCAUGGAUGGAGUUGGCAGCUACAGUGAUUCGUACCACAUUCAAGGCAGCUAGACUCAACACUGGAACCCAAUAUCAGUUCCGUGUCAAAGCCCAGAACAGAUAUGGCAUCGGACCAUGCAUUGUCUCUGAACAAGUGGUGGCUGCCUAUCCGUUUGAUGUUCCAGGCCAGCCAGGUAUUCCUGUGGUCACAUCUUUCAACAAGGAUGCAAUGACUUUGAGUUGGAAUGAGCCAUCUUCUGAUGGAGGCAGUGCUAUUAUGGGAUAUUAUGUGGACAGAAAAGAGAGAAACAGCAUUCUGUGGAUGAGGAUCAGCAAAGCUCUUGUUGUUGGAAAUAUCUUCAAAUCAACAGGCCUUGUUGAUGGUAUCGCAUAUGAACAUCGUGUUACUGCUGAAAACAUGGCCGGUCUCAGCAAACCGAGCAAAUCCUCUGAGCCCAUGUAUGCUUUGGACCCAGUUGACCAACCAGGCAGGCCUGUGGCACUGAAUAUCACCAGACAUGAGGUAACAGUGUCAUGGACCAAACCAGAGGGAGAUGGUGGAUUUUCCAUCACAGGAUACACAGUGGAGAGGAGAGAGAUGCCCAAUGGACGUUGGCUCAAAGCCAACUUCAACAACAUCCAAGAAACCAUCUACACAGUCAGCGGUCUGAUUGAAGAUGCAACUUAUGAAUUCCGUGUGUUUGCUAGAAACUCAGCUGGUUCUGUCAGUGCUCCAUCCCAGCCAUCAGAGGAAAUCACAUGCAGAGAUGACAUUGAAGAGCCCAGGCUUGAUGUUGACGCAUCAUAUAGCAGCACUGUUGUUGUCAUGGCAGGAGAGGUAUUCAAGCUGGAAGCCAGUGUGAUUGGUAGGCCACUCCCAUCUCUGGUAUGGACCAAGGAAGGAAAGGAGCUUGAGGAUACAGGCAAGCAUGAGAUAAAGACAUCUGACUUCCACACAGCUCUAAUAAACAAAGAAUCCCUGAGGAGAGAUGGUGGGGCUUUCACUCUGACUGCCAGCAAUCCAGGUGGAUUUGCCAAGUUCACAUAUAAUGUCAAGGUGCUCGACAGACCUGGACCACCAGACUCCCUCACUGUGACUGAUGUCACUGCUGAAAAAUGUGUCCUUAACUGGCUGCAUCCAAGACACGAUGGUGGUGCAAAGAUCGAGUACUUUAUCAUUCAGAGGCGUGAGACCAGUAGGUUGGCAUGGACAAAUGUGGCUACAGACCUUCAAGCAAAUAGAUUCAAGGUCACCAAACUUCUGAAGGGGAAUGAGUACAUCUUCAGAGUCAUGGCUGUUAAUAAGUACGGUGUGGGUGAACACCUGGAGUCUGAAGCUGUAAUCUGUGCCAAUCCUUAUGUAGCCAGUGAUGCACCACAGCAGCCUGAAGUCACCAUCAUUACCAAAGACUCAAUGGUGGUCUGCUGGGAGCGCCCUGAACAUGAUGGAGGCAGCAGAAUUAACACUUAUGUAAUUGAGAGAAGGGAUAAGACUGGCCUGCGCUGGGUGAAGUGUAACAAGAGGACUGUCACUGACUUGCGAUUCAAGGUUUCUGGCCUCACACCAGGACAUGAGUAUGAAUUUAGAGUUUUUGCAGAGAACAAUGCUGGUCUGAGCCAGCCCAGUCCUUGCAGUCCAUUGUACAAAGCCAUCGACACCAUCUUCCAGCCUGGACCUCCAGGGAACUCCAGAGUACUGGACACAACCAAGUCUUCCAUCACCCUUGCCUGGAACAAACCUGUCUACGAUGGUGGUUCUGAAAUCACUGGUUACAUUGUGGAGACCUGCCCUCCUGAUGAGGAUGAGUGGACAAUUCACACUCCUAAAAGGGGAUGGACAGCCACUUCAUUCACCAUCACCAACUUGAAGGAAAACCAAGAGUAUAAAAUCAACAUCUGUGCCACUAAUUGUGAAGGAGUCGGAGAACCUGCUGCUGUUCCUGGAACCCCCAAGGCAGAAGACAGACUGCUUCCUCCAGAAAUUGAACUUGGAGCAGAGCUACGUAAGGUGGUCAGCAUUCGAGCCUGCGGCACGCUUAGACUCUUUGUCCCUAUAAAGGGCAGACCAGCUCCUGAAAUAAAAUGGUCAAGAGAGCACGGAGAAUCCCUAGACAAAGCUAACAUUGAAAUCACCCCAUCAUUCACGACUCUUCAGGUAGAAACUGUUGACAGGUUUGAUGGAGGCAAAUACAUUCUGACUGUAGAGAAUGCCUCAGGAAGCAAGACAGCCUAUGUUAAUGUCAGGGUGCUAGAUACUCCUGGAGCACCUCAGAAUCUCUUCGUCAAGGAGGUCACUCGAGAUUCAGUUUUCCUUGUUUGGGAUGCACCUCUCAUUGAUGGGGGCUCCAGAGUCCGCAACUACAUUGUAGAGAAGCGCGAGUCAACCAGAAAGGCCUACUCCACUGUCUGUGCAAGCUGCCAUAAGUCAAGUUGGAAAAUUGGAGACCUGCAUGAAGGGAAGAUGUAUUUCUUUAGAAUCCUGGCUGAGAACGAAUUUGGCAUUGGCCUCCCAGUGGAGACCGUUGAACCAAUUAAAGUGUCAGAGAAGCCUCUACCACCAGGUAAAGUGUCCCUUCGUGAAGUUACAGGCACCAGUGUCACACUGACAUGGGAAAAGCCGGACCAUGAUGGUGGCAGUAGAAUCACUGGCUAUAUUGUUGAGAUGCAAGGCAAAGGCACUGAGAAGUGGACCCAGGUUAUGGUAGUGAAGACCAAUGCAGCCCUUGUAAGUGGUCUUACACAGGGAGAGGAGUACAUGUUCCGUAUUUCAUCAUCCAAUGAAAAGGGAGUUAGUGACCCACGUCCUCUCAGCAUGCCUGUGGUGGCAAAAGAUCUUGUCAUUUCACCAACCUUCAAACAGCUUUUUGGCACAUUCAGUGUGCUAGCAGGUGAUGACCUGAAGAUAGAUGUACCAUAUGCUGCCUGUCCUAAGGCCACUGCAACCUGGCUCAAAGAUGGAGUUGUUCUCAAGGAGACAACAAGAGUUAAUGCUGAAACCACGGACACAAACCUUCUCCUGGUCAUUAAGGAGGCUUGCAGAGAUGAUGUGGGAACAUACACUAUCAAACUAAUCAACACAGCUGGUGAGGCAUCCACAGACAUCAGUGUUCUUGUCCUGGAUAAGCCUGGUCCUCCCACUGGCCCAAUUAAGUUGGAUGAGGUCACUGCUGACAGUCUGGUAUUGAACUGGAAUCCACCAGAAUAUGAUGGUGGUUGUGCCAUUAAUAACUACAUUGUUGAGAAGAGGGACACAUCUACCACUAACUGGCAAAUUGUGUCAGCUACAGUGGCCAGAACCACUAUCAAGGCUGCCCGUCUGAAGACUGGAUUACAGUACCAGUUUAGAAUUGCUGCAGAAAAUAGAUAUGGCAAGUCAUCGGCCCUUCUGUCUGAAACUAUUGUUGCUCAGUAUCCAUUUGAAGUUCCUAGCACACCUCGUUCUGUUGUGGUCCAAUCAGCGACCAAGGAAACCAUGGUUGUUGUAUGGGAUAUACCCAGCAAUGAUGGCGGGAGCAAGAUUCUGGGCUAUCACCUAGAGCUCAAAGAGAGAAACAGUAUACUGUGGGUGAAACAGAACAAACAAAUAAUCCCAGAGACUAGAUUCAAGGUUGUUGGCCUUGAAGAAGGUAUUGAAUAUGAGUUCAGAGUCUAUGCAGAGAACAUUGUUGGCCACAGCAAAGCUAGCAAACUGAGUGAAAUGCAAGUGGCAAGAGAUCCUUGUGAAAGACCAGGAAAACCAGAGGCUGUUAUUGUGACAAGACACCAAGUGACACUCAGAUGGACCAAGCCUGAUUAUGACGGUGGCAUUAAGAUCACAGGUUAUCUGGUUGAGAAGAAGGAGGCAGAUGGUCGCUGGAUGAAGGCCAGUUUCACCAACAUCAUUCAGACUGAAUUUGUUGUCACAGGACUUACUGAAGAUCAGAUUUAUGAGUUCCGUGUCAUUGCCAGGAAUGCAGCAGGUGUUCUCAGUCUGCCCUCUGAUUCAACUGGAGAAAUCACAGCCAAGGAUGAGGUGGAUCCACCCCAGUAUGACUUAGAUGCUAAGUACUCCCAGACUGUGGUGGUAAAUGCUGGGGAGACAUUCAGACUUGAGGUCACUGUCAGUGGUAAACCUGUUCCCACAAUACACUGGCUAAAGGAGGGUAAGGAGAUUACUGACGCUGCCCGUCUGGAGAUCAAGAACACAGACUUUACAGCUUGUAUAGUUGUUAAAGAAGCCAUCCGUGUUGAUGGAGGUCAGUACACUUUGCUGGUAAAGAAUGUUGGAGGAGAGAAAUCUGUUAACAUUAAUGUCAAGGUCCUGGACAGACCAGGUCCUCCUGAGGGCCCUGUCUCCAUCUAUGGUGUAACCAAUGAGAAAUGCUCCAUUUCCUGGAAACCUCCUUUGUCAGACGGCGGCAGCGUUGUUUCAUAUUACAUUGUUGAAAGGAGGGAAACCAGCAGACUGGUUUGGACUGUUGUUGAGCCUAAAGUUCAGACACUGAACUUAAAGAUCACAAAGCUUCUUCGUGGAAAUGAGUACAUUUUCAGAGUGAUUCCUGUCAACAAAUAUGGAGUCGGUGAGCCUCUGGAAUCUGAUGCCAUGAUUGCCAGAAAUCCAUUUGUCACCUCCGACCCACCAACAGAGGUAGAAGUCCCAACAAUCACUAAAGACUCCAUGGUGGUGACUUGGGAGAGACCAGCUCAUGAUGGUGGCAGUCCUAUCCAGGGAUACAUUGUUGAGAAACGGGACAAGGAUGGUGUGAGAUGGACUAGGUGCAACAAGCGCACAGUAAGUGAGCUGCGCUUCAGAGUCACAGGACUCCUAGAAAACCACAGCUAUGAAUUCAGAAUUGCCACUGAGAAUGCCGCUGGUGUUGGCACACCUAGUACACCAACACUGUACUAUAAAGCAUUGGAUCCUAUCUUCGAACCUGGUCCACCCAACAACCCUAAGGUGGUUGACACAUCGAGGUCCACUGUUUCCUUGUCAUGGGGCAAACCAAUCUAUGAUGGUGGAUGUGAGAUUCAAGCUUAUAUUGUGGAGGCCUGCAAUGGGGCAUCUGAUGAGUGGUGUAUGUGCACUCCUCCCAAUGGAAUCGCAGAUACUACAUUUACAGUGAAAAAGCUUCUUGAGAAGCAUGAGUACCAGUUCCGAGUGUGUGCCAUUAACAAAGUUGGUGUUGGUGAGCAUGCUGAUGUUCCUGGAAAAAUUCUCCUCGAAGAGAAGCUUGAGGCUCCCGAUCUUGACCUGGAUUCUGAUAUGAGAAAGAUGAUCAACAUUAGGGCGGCAAGCACUCUCAGACUGUUUGUUCCUGUGAGAGGUCGUCCAGCUCCUGAGGUGAAAUGGGGUAAAGCUGAGGGGGAGAUCAGAGAGACCGCCCUGAUUGACAACACAGGCAACUACGCUUCUCUUGUCAUUGAGAAUGUUGACAGAUUUGACAGUGGCAAGUACACCCUGACUGCAGAGAAUGCCAGUGGAGUGAAGUCAGUCUUCAUUAGUGUCAGGAUCCUGGACUCACCUAGUCCACCAAAUAACUUCACAGUGAAGGAGAUAACAAAAAAUUCUGUCACUCUUACAUGGGAGCCUCCACUUCUGGAUGGUGGCUCAAAGAUAAAAAAUUAUAUUGUUGAGAAACGUGAGAGCACCAGGAAAGUUUACUCACCCAUCACUACCUGCAAUAGGAUGUCAUGGAAAGUGGAGCCUCUUCCUGAGGGUGGAAUCUUCUUCUUCAGAGUACGGGCUGAGAACGAAUAUGGUUAUGGUCUCCCAGCCAAAACAGUAGAACCAAUUAAAAUAUCUGAGAAGCCUCAGCCACCUGGCAAAGUCAGUGUUGUUGAUGUGACACACAGCACGGUGACCCUCGCCUGGGAGAAACCAGAACAUGAUGGUGGCAGUAGAAUCAGUCACUAUGAAGUUGAACUCGCACCUAAGGACAGUGGCGCUUGGUCAGUGUGUACUAGUGUGAAAGCGCUGGAGACUGUAGUGACAAACCUACGCAAGGGAGAGGAGUAUAAUUUCCGAGUUCUAGCUGUAAAUGACAAGGGGAAAAGCGACCCCAGACAACUAGGCCAAUCGGUUGUUGCAAAGGACCUUGUGAUUGAGCCUGCUGUUAGACCCAGGGUGAGCACCUACAGUGUCCAGGUAGGGUAUGACCUCAAGAUAGAGGUCCCAGUUGCUGGUCAUCCAAAGCCAACGAUUACCUGGACCAAGGAUGGUUCUGCUCUUAAGCAGACCACAAGAGUCAAUGUUACAGACUCAGCACAUCACACCACCCUCAGCAUAAAGGAUGCCACCAAAGAGGAUGGGGGCAUGUAUAGCAUCAAUGUCUCCAGUCCCCUGGGUUCCAAAGAUGCCACUAUUGAGGUGAUCACUUUGGACAAACCAGGCCCACCAACAGGACCUGUCAAGUUGGAGGACUUAAGUGCUGAGAGUAUCACUCUUAGCUGGGAACCUCCUACAUACACAGGUGGAUGCCCAAUCUCAAACUAUGUGGUGGAGAAGAGAGACACAACUACAACCAACUGGGUGGUAGUAUCUGCCACUGUUGCCAGAACCACACUAAAAUUAAGCAAUCUGAAGACAGGUGCUGAAUAUCAGUUCAGAAUCUAUGCUGAGAAUAGGUAUGGAAAGAGCUAUGCGAUUGAUUCAGAGCCUGUUUUGGCACAGUAUCCAUUCCAAGAGCCCGGCCCUGCAGGAACACCAUUUGUGUCUUCAUACACCAAGGACUUUAUGGUAGUUGAGUGGCACACGCCACCAUCUGAUGGAGGAAGUGCCAUUUUGGGCUAUCAUCUGGAGAGGAAAGAGAAGAACAGUAUCCUCUGGACCAAGAUUAACAAAAUGCUGAUCCAAGACUGCAGAUAUAAGUCUACUCCACUUGAGGAAGGUAUUGAGUAUGAGUACAGAGUCUAUGCAGAGAAUAUUGUUGGAAUUGGAAAAUGCAGCAAAGUCUCUGAGGUUUACGUAGCCCGUGACCCAUGUGAUCCUCCUGGCUGUCCUGAGGCUGUGAUCGUGACCAGGCACUCUGUGAAGCUUAGGUGGACCGCUCCAGUGUAUAAUGGGGGAAGCUUAGUUACAGGCUAUGUAGUGGAGAAACGUGACCUUCCUGAAGGAAAGUGGAUGAAGGCUAGCUUUGCAAACGUCCUUGAUUAUGAAUUCACAGUUACAGGCCUGACAGAGGAGAGUAAAUAUGACUUCAGAGUAAUCGCAAGGAAUGCAGCUGGUGCUGUAAGCAAGCCAUCUGAGUGCACAGGAUCCGUCACAGCCAAGGAUGAAGUUGACCCACCAAAAUGUGAGACGGACCCGAUAUACAACCAGUCCCUUGUUAUCAGUGCUGGGGAGACUUUCAAUCUGGAGGCCACUGUGGGAGGGAAGCCCAUCCCUACAGCCCAGUGGUUCAAGGGGAAUGUCGAAGUGGAAAACUCAGCCAGGGCCGAAAUCAAAAACACAGAUUUUAAGGCUUUGCUUGUUGUGAAAGAUGCCAUCAGAGUGGAUGGUGGCCAGUACACUCUGGUUCUGACUAAUGUGGCUGGAACGAAGACUGUCCCAUUCAGUGUUAAGGUACUGGACAGACCAGGCCCCUCAGAAGGACCUCUUACUGUCAGCAAUGUCACUGAGGAGAAGUGCUCACUGUCAUGGCUGCCACCCAGGCACGAUGGAGGAGCGAGCAUAUCUCACUACGUCAUUCAAAAGAGAGAAACCAGCCGCCUGGCCUGGACUGUGGUCUCCAGUGACUGUGGAGCUACCAUGUUCAAGGUUACGAAACUGUUGAAGGGCAAUGAAUACAUCUUCAGAGUCAUGGCUGUCAACAAAUAUGGCAUGGGUGAGUCUCUUGAGUCAACACCAGUUAUCAUGAGAAAUCCAUUUGUUCCUCCUGGUGCACCGCAGGAACUUGAGAUCACUAACAUUAUAAGGGACUCCAUGACUGUCUGCUGGAACCGCCCCGAGACCACCGGAGGCAGUGAGAUUGUUGGUUAUAUCAUUGAGAAGAGAGACAGAGCUGGAGUGAGAUGGACCAAGUGCAACAAACGCCGGGUGACAGACUUGCGUUUCAGAGUAACAGGAUUAACUGAGGAACAUGAAUAUGAAUUCAAAGUAACUGCUGAGAAUGCAGCUGGAAUGGGUCAGUCAAGCCCACCCACACCCUACCUCAAAGCCUGUGACCCCACCUUUGAACCAGGGUGUCCAUCCAAUGCUAAUGUGCUUGAAAUAACUAAAGACUCCGUCAGCCUGGCCUGGCAUAGGCCCAUCUAUGAUGGUGGAUGUGAGAUUCAAGGAUAUGCUGUGGAAAUUACCAAAGCCGAAGAGGAGGAGUGGACCAUAUGCACCCCACCAUCGGGAGUUAAAGCUACCAAGUUUACUAUCACUAAGUUGGUAGAGCACCAGGAAUACAAGGUGCGCAUCUGUGCCAUCAAUAAGCUGGGUGUUGGUGAGCCCACUGAGAUCCAGGGAGUUAUAAAACCUUUGGAUAAGAUUGAUCCUCCAGAGAUGAUUCUGGAUUCAGAACUCAGGAAGGGAAUAGUUGUCAGGGCAGGUGGCUCAAUGAGAAUUUGCAUUCCAUUUAAGGGCCGUCCUACUCCUGAGAUCAGCUGGGCUAAGGAGGAUGGUAUACUGCCUAGUAAAGUUCAGAUAGAGACUGGGGAAGAUUACACUCAGCUCUCCAUUGACAUCUGUGACAGAUUUGAUGCUGGAAAAUACAUCCUCAACAUGGAAAAUACUGCUGGCACCAAAUCAGCCUUUGUAUCUGUGAAGGUCCUGGACACUCCAGGGGCCCCUCUGAAUUUAACUGUAAAAGACAUCAAAAGAGAAAGUAUUACUCUGACAUGGGAGCCUCCUCUUAUUGAUGGUGGUUCAAGAAUAAAAAAUUACCUGGUUGAAAAGCGAGAGUCCACCAGGAUCGUUUAUUCUACUGUGGACAACAAGUGUACAAAGACCAGCUACCGUAUCACCGGCCUCAUUGAAGGAACCAUCUACUAUUUCAGAGUCUUAGCUGAGAACGAGUUUGGCAUGGGACAGCCAGCUGAGACAGAGGAUGCAGCUAAAACAUCUGAGCCUCCUCUCCCUGUAGGUAAGGUCACUUUGACUGAAGUGACCAAAACUUCUGCCUCACUCUCUUGGGAGAAGCCAGAACACGAUGGAGGCAGCAGGAUAAUGGGCUUCUAUAUUGAAAUGCAGCCUGUGGGCUCAGAGGAAUGGGUGGUGGCCGCUACAACAAAAGCUUGUGAGGGCACUGUCACAGGCCUUAGUGCAGGACACGAGUACCUGUUGAGAGUGACAGCAUUCAAUGAGAAGGGCAAGAGUGACCCCAGGCCUCUUGCUGCACCAGUCACUGCUAAGGAUGUAACAUUCGAGCCCGGAUUCAAGAUGACAUCGAACACUUACAGUUUACAGCAGGGUGAGGAUCUGAAGAUCGAGAUUCCAGUAAUAGGACGACCUGUUCCCAAGGUUGAGUGGAAAAAGGACGGACAAGCUCUGAAGGAGACAACCAGAUUAAAUGUGUCUGGCACACCAUCAUCUACCAAGCUGUGCAUUAAGGAUGCAAAUAGGGAAGACUCUGGCAAAUACACUAUCACAGCCACCAGCAGUGCUGGAUCGACUACAGAGGAGAUUACUGUUAUUAUUCUUGAUAAGCCUGGCCCACCCACAGGCCCUGUGAAGAUUGAGGAGGUGAGCUCUAAUUAUGUCGCUCUCUCCUGGGAGCCACCGGCGUAUACUGGAGGCUGUCAAAUCAACAACUACAUUGUGGAGAAGAGAGACACAACUACAACAGCAUGGCAAAUUGUGUCUGCUACUAUUGCCAGAACAACUAUCAAAGUCACCAACUUAAAGACUGGAGUUGAGUAUCAAUUCAGAGUGUCUGCUGAGAAUAGAUAUGGAAAGAGUUCUGCCAUUUUCACUCCUGCCGUCAUCGCUCAGUAUCCAUUCAGUGAGCCUGCCACCCCAGGAACCCCAGGUGUUUCUGCUGCAACCAAGGAUAACAUGGUGGUUGAGUGGAAGCCUCCCACAAACGAUGGAGGCAGUCCCAUCUUGGGCUAUCACCUUGAAAGAAAGGAGAAGAACAGCCUCUUGUGGACUAAACUCAACAAGCUUCUAAUCCCAGACAAACGUUUCAAAACUACAGAGCUGGAAGAAGGUAUUGAGUACGAAUUCAGAGUCUAUGCUGAGAACAUUGCCGGAAUCAGCCCAGCUAGCAAAGUCUCUGAGAGCACAGUUGCCCGGGACCCAUGUGACCCACCAGGCACUCCAGAUGCUAUUGAUAUAACUAGAAACCAUGUGACACUCCAGUGGACCAGGCCUCAGUAUGAUGGAGGCAGUGCUAUCACUGGCUAUGUGAUUGAGAGGAGGAAGCACCCUGAUACCCGCUGGAUGAAGGCCAGCUUCACCAACAUCCUUGACACCCAGUUCACACUCACUGGCCUGACUGAGGAUUGUGUUUAUGAGUUCAGAGUCAUUGCCAGGAAUUCUGCUGGCAUUUUCAGCCGUCCCUCUCAGACCACAGGAGAAAUUACUGCUAAAGAUGAAAUUGAGGCUCCAGGAGCCACCAUGGAUCCUAAAUUUAAAGAUCUGACCGUUGUUCAUGCUGCUGAGACAUUCACCAUUGAUGCUGACUACACAGGAAAGCCUCUGCCUGAGGUCGUUUGGUUAAAGGAUGGAAAAGAGAUUGACAAAGCCACUCAACGAAUGGAGGUAAAGACCACGCUGACACGUACCAUCCUGACAGUCAAGGAGUGCAUUAGAGUUGAUGGCGGCCAUUUUGUCCUCAAACUUGUCAAUGUGGGAGGAAUUAAGAUGAUUCCAGUUAAUGUUAAAAUUCUGGAUAGACCUGGUCCUCCAGAUGGCCCACUAGAAGUCAAAGGAGUCACAGCUGAGAAAUGUUAUCUUCACUGGAACCAUCCUUCACAUGAUGGCGGAGCCAGCAUCUCUCACUACAUGAUUGAGAAAAGAGAGACCAGUCGUUUGUCAUGGACCAUGGUUGAGCCCAAGAUUCAGGCCAUAAGCUACAAAAUCACAAAACUGUUGCCUGGCAAUGAGUACAUCUUCAGAGUCACUGCUGUGAAUAAAUACGGUGUUGGUGAGUCUUUGGAAUCUGAGCCUGUUAUCGCCCGUAACCCCUUCACCACUUCCAGUGCCCCCACCACCCCAGAGGCCAGCGCUAUCACUCGGGAUUCUAUAGUCGUUACCUGGGAGAGGCCAGAGGAUAACGGGGGAGCUGAAAUUGAAGGAUAUGUCCUUGAAAAACGUGAUAAGGAAGGCAUCAGAUGGACUAAAUGCAACAAGAAGAGACUGAGUGACCUGAGAUUCAGAUGUGCUGGCCUCACAGAGGGUCAUUCCUAUGAAUUCAGGGUCUCAGCAGAAAAUGCUGCUGGUGUUGGAAAACCUAGUGCACCUUCAGAGUAUAUGAAGGCCUGUGAUGCCACUUAUCCACCAGGACCUCCCAAUAACCCCAAAGUUACAGACCAUUCAAGCACCACAGUCUCGCUGACCUGGUCUAGGCCUAUCUAUGAUGGUGGAGCACAGAUCACUGGAUACGUUGUUGAAAUGAAGGAGGCAACAGAUGAUGAAUGGGUCAGUUCCACACCACAAGCUGGUGUACAAGCUACUCACUAUACUGUAAAGAAGUUAAAGGAGAAUGCAGAGUACAACUUCCGAGUGUGUGCUGUUAACUGUGAGGGAGUAGGGGAUCAUGUUGACCUACCCGGCUCUGUGGUUGCUGCAGAGAAGCUGGAAGCUCCUGAAAUUGAACUAGAUGCUGACCUAAGGAAGAUGGUCAAUGUUCGUGCCACCGCUAGCCUCCGUCUGUUUGUGCCAAUCAGAGGAAAGCCUGAGCCUGAGGUCAGAUGGUCAAAGGCUGAUGGUACCCUGAAUGAACGUGCCCUGAUUGAAGUCACAAGCUCUUACACAAUGCUGGUGAUUGAUAAUGUUGACAGAUUUGACACUGGAAAAUAUCUACUCACACUUGAGAACCUCAGUGGCUCGAAAUCAGCCUUCAUCAAUGUUCGAGUUCUGGACUCCCCCAGCGCACCUACUAACCUGGAGGUCAAGGACGUAAAGAGAAAUUCUGUCUCUCUCUCCUGGGAGCCUCCUCUUAUUGAUGGUGGAGCUAAGAUUUCACAUUAUAUUGUGGAGAAGAGAGAACAGAAGAGAAUGGCUUUCACCAGUGUUUCCAACAACUGUGUGAGGAACUCCUACAUCAUUUCUGACCUACAGGAGGGAGGCCGAUACUAUUUCCGUAUAUUAGCUGUUAAUGAACUUGGAGUAGGUCUGCCUGCUUCCACAGAUGUAGUCAAGGUGUCUGAGGCUCCUUUGCCUCCUGGUAAGAUUAUCUUGGAAGACGUUACUCGCCACACUGUUAAACUUUCAUGGGAGAAACCAGAUCAUGAUGGAGGCAGCAAGAUCACAAUGUAUAUUGUGGAGAUGCAGCCCAAGGGAGAUGACAAAUGGACUGUGUGCAGUGAAGUCAAAGCACUGGAAGCUACUAUUGAUGGACUUACAACUGGAGAGGAAUACUCCUUCAGGGUGACUGCUGUAAAUGAUAAGGGCAAGAGUGAUGCCAAACCUCUGGCUGCCCCUGUGGUGGUAAAGGACAUCACGGUAGAGCCCACAAUCAACCUGGUGUUCAACACAUACAGUGCUAGAGCAGGAGAUGACCUGAAGAUUGACGUUCCCUUCAAAGGAAGACCUCAGCCAGAGGUGUCCUGGAAGAAGGACGGCAAGGUGCUUAAGCAGACAACUAGGGUCAAUGUUCUUACCUCUAAGACCUCUUCCAAGAUUUUCAUCAAGGAUGCAACCAAAGACGAUGUAGGAAAGUAUGAGAUUACUUUGACUAACUCUAUUGGUACCAAGACAGCUGAUAUCUCUGUUAUAAUCCUGGAAAAACCUGGUCCACCAAGCAACAUUAAGAUGGACGAGGUGAGUGCUGACUUCAUCUGUCUGUCUUGGGAUCCUCCAUCCUAUGACGGUGGAUGCCAGAUUAACAACUAUGUAGUGGAGAAGAGAGACACUACAACAACCACAUGGCAGAUUGUCUCAGCCACUGUAGCCAGGACAUCAAUUAAGGUGGUUCGGCUCAAUCAGGGAAUAGAGUACCAGUUCCGUAUCGCAGCUGAGAACCGUUAUGGCAAGAGUCAUGCUAUUGACUCCGCUCCUGUUGUUGCUCAGUAUCCCUUCGAGCCUCCUGGUCCGCCAACCAACCUCCUUGUUGCCAAUGCCACCAAGAGUGUCAUGCUUGUGACAUGGGGCAGACCUGCCAGCGAUGGUGGAAGCCCUGUUAUUGGUUAUCACAUUGAAUGCAAAGACCAAAGUAGCAUUCUAUGGACAAAGGUCAACAGAGGACUGCUUGCUGAGAACCAGUUUAAGAUGACAGGCAUUGAAGAAGGUCUUCUGUAUCAGUUUAGAGUGUAUGCUGAGAAUAUCGCUGGCAUUGGUACAUGCUCUAAGGCCAGUGAUGCUGUGGCAGCCAGAGAUCCAUGUGAUCCUCCACAUAACCUUAAAGUCACCAACAUUACCAGGAGCUCAGUUUCUCUCUUCUGGGAGCGGCCAGAGUACGAAUUUGGAUCGAAGAUUACCGGCUACAUUAUUGAGCGUAAAGAACUUCCCAAUGGUCGCUGGCUGAAAUGCAACUUCAAUAAUCUGCAGGAGACCUACUUUGACGUAACAGGCCUCACAGAAGAUGUCCAAUAUGACUUCCAUGUUAUUGCUAAGAAUUCUGCAGAUCAGCUUAGUGUUCCUUCAGAGAGUAGCGGACCUGUUACAGUAAAGGAUGAUGUAGACCCUCCCACUAUCAUCCUGGAAGAGAAGCUCAGACAGCUGGUUGUCAUUAAAGCUGGAGAAAUCAUCAGAAUUGAUGCUGAAAUCACAGGCCGUCCACUCCCUGUUGUCUCAUGGUCUAAGGAUGGAAAAGAGAUUGCGGCCAAAUUCAGGUGUGAAAUUACUUCCACAAAUUUCGCAACCACCCUGAUUGUCAGAGACGCUAUCAGGAAGGACUCUGGCCAGUAUGUCCUGUCCCUGCACAAUGUGGCAGGAACCAGGUCUGUUGCUAUCAACUGUAAAGUUUUGGAUAGACCUGGACCAUCUUCAGGACCAUUGGCAGUGUCCGGACUCACAGCAGAGAAAUGCACGAUAACAUGGGGACCGCCUCAGGAGAACGGUGGUGCUGACAUCAUGCACUAUAUUGUGGAGAAACGUGAGACAAGUCGCCUGGCCUGGACUCUUGUCUAUGGAGACAUGAAAGCAACUACCUGUAAAGUGACCAAGUUGCUAAGAGGAAAUGAGUAUGUCUUCAGAGUUAGGGGAAUCAACAAAUAUGGGGAUGGUGAAGCCCUGGAGAGUGAGCCAGUUAAGGCCUUGGAUCCAUUCACUGUUCCUUCAGCUCCCACAAAUGUCCAGGUCACUGCUGUUACUAGUGAGGCAAUGACCAUCUGUUGGGAAAGACCCAAUUCUGAUGGAGGCAGCAGUAUCUAUGGCUAUGUCAUUGAAAAGCGAGAGAAGACUGGUCUUCGCUGGUGCCGUGUGAACAAGAAACCUGUUUAUGACCUCAGAGUCAAAGCCUCACAUCUUCGUGCUGGCUGUGAGUACGAGUACAUAGUGUAUGCAGAGAAUGCUGCUGGCCUCAGUGCUGCUAGCACGCCUUGCCCACUCACCAAGGCCGAAGACCCACAGUUCCUGCCUUCACCUCCUGCUCGGCCUAAGAUCAUUGACUCUACAAAGACCACUGCCACCCUGUCAUGGAAUAAGCCGCUAUUUGAUGGUGGAGCCCCUGUGACUGGCUACAGAGUCGAAUACAGGAAGACUUUAGAUGAUGAAUGGUUUGUUGGAGUCCAGAACACCAAGAACACAGAGUUUACUGUGGUGGGAUUGACACCUGGGGCUGAAUAUGUCUAUGUUGUCAAGUCCAUUAACAAGAUUGGGGUCAGUGAGCCCAGUCAAGAGUCAGACAAACAGGUUGCCAAAGAAAGAGAGGAGGAGCCCGUUUUUGACAUCAGUAAUGACAUGAGGAAGACUCUUAUUGUGAAGGAUGGUAGUUCAUUCACUAUGACAGUGCCCUUCAGAGGCAAACCCAUCCCAAAUGUUACAUGGACUAAACCUGAUGUUGACCUCAGAGUCCGUGCUGCCAUCGACACCACAGACACCUUCACCUCCAUCACCUUAGAGCAGGCAACUCGCAACGACUCUGGCAAAUACAUAGUCACCUUGUCUAGCUUAGCUGGAACCUCCUCCUUGACACUCAAUGUCAGAGUACUGGACUCUCCUGGACCCCCUGCCAGUGUAGAAGUCAAGGACGUAACUAAGACCUCUGCUUCUGUAACAUGGGACACUCCUGAAAAUGAGGGAGGAGCACCUGUCAAGAACUACCUUGUUGAUUUCCGUGAGGCCAGCAAGAAAGGCUGGACUAGAUUGACUGACACCUGUAACAGACUGACGUACAGGGUGAGCGACUUGCCAGAAGGAGCAGUGUAUUACUUCAGAGUGACCGGCCAGAACGAGUACGGUGUUGGUGUUCCUGCUGAGACCAAAGAAGGAACCAAGAUAACAGAAAAACCAAGCCCCCCACCAAAACUUGGCGUGAGUGAUGUGACCAAGGAGAGUGUGUCACUGGCCUGGGCCAAACCAGAACAAGAUGGAGGCAGCAGAAUUACUGGCUACCUAGUGGAGGCUCAAGAGAAAGGCCAGGAGAAGUGGGUCAAGUGUGGUGUAACCAAGUCCGUCCACCUCACAGUGUCUGGUCUAAGGGAGAAUGCCGAGUACUUCUUCAGGGUCAGAGCUGAGAACCAUGCUGGAUUCAGUGAUGUCAAGGAAAUGGUCAACCCUGUAAUGGUGAAAGAUCAGCUUGAAUCUCCUGAGAUGAACAUGAACGACUUCCCUCACAACACGGUGUGUGUCAGAGCCGGAUCCACCCUCAAGUGUGAGAUCCCACUGACAGGCCGACCUUUGCCUAAAGUCUCACUGUCCAAGGAUAACGUACAACUCAAGUCAACGAUGAGGUUCAACUCUGAAGUCACCCCUGACAGCAUCAAGAUCAGUCUACGCGAGAGCGUCGCUGGAGACUCAGGACGCUACGAUAUCACUGCCUCAAACUCCAGUGGAACCACCAAACAAUAUGUAAAUAUUGUGGUUCUAGACCGUCCCAGUGCCCCACUUGGACCGGUUGAGGUGUCUGACGUGACAGAAGACAGCCUUAACCUGGAGUGGCUCCCACCGGUAUAUGAAGGUGGCAGCCCCAUCACCAACUACGUCAUCCAAAAGAGAGAGACGACCACAGCCAACUGGAUGGAUGUCUCUUCUGCUGUGGCACGCUGCACCAUGAAGAUUAUGAAGCUGACCACUGGCCUACAGUACCAGUUCAGAAUCAGGGCUGAGAACAGAUAUGGAAUCAGCGAACACAUUGACUCACCAACUGUCGCUGUCAGCCUUCCUUACACUGUUCCUGAUGCUCCGUUAACUCCAGAGAUCACUUCUGUAACUAGAGAGACCAUUACUGUGGCCUGGACCGAGCCCAAGUCAGAUGGUGGCAGCCAUGUGUUUGGCUACCAUCUCCAGAUGAAAGACAAGAACAGCAUUCUCUGGCAGAGAGUCAACAAAAUGGUGAUCCGUGCUACCCACUUUAAGGUCAUUAAUAUCAAUGCUGGACUUAUUUAUGAGUUCAAGGUGGCAGCAGAAAACGCUGCUGGAGUCGGAGCCUUGAGCAAGGUCUCUGACGCAGUGCUGGCUAUUGAUGCUUGUGAGCCACCCAUAGACCUGCGCAUCAGUGACAUCACCAAGAACACCAUCAGCUUGGCCUGGCAUAGACCCAACUACGAUGGUGGAUCCCCGAUCAUUGGCUACAACAUUGAGAAGAGGGAGGGUGGCAGUGCCAAAUGGUCCAAGGCUGUCCUCAACAAUGUCACAGACACCCACUUCACUGUGACCAGCCUGACCCAGGACGAGACAUACGAGUUCAGAGUCAUGGCCAGGAACGCCGUUGGGUCAGUGAGCAACCCGUCCAGUACUGCUGGACCAACCACGUGUGUAGACACAUACGGUGCCCCAGAGAUUGAAAUACCUCAGGAGUACUUCAGUGAGGUCAAACACAAGGCCGGCUCUAAUGUGGAGCUCAAGUUUAAUAUCACAGCCAAACCUGCUCCCACUAUUGAGUGGCUGAAGGACGGCAGAGAGCUGGUGCCCAGCGCCCAGCUUUCCUUCAAACACACGUAUGAGUGCACCAGUGUGUUCCUCAGGGAAACCACUCGUUUGAAUUCUGGUGUCUAUGAGGUCAAGGUGAAGAACUCCUUGGGAUCUGCAUUUGCUGUUGUCAGGCUGCUCAUACAAGACAAGCCAGGUCCCCCUGCUGGAGACAUCCAGUUUAAGAAGGUGACUGCUGACAAGAUAACCAUCAUGUGGUCCCCACCGGCUGAUGAGGGCGGUGCCAUGGUGACUCACUACAUUGUGGAGAAAAGACAGACCAGCAGGGUCAUGUGGUCCAUAGUCUCGGAGAAGCUGGUCGACUGCAUCGUUAAUGUUCCCAGACUCAUCCAGGGCAAUGAGUACAUCUUCAGAGUUCGUGGAGUGAACAAAUUUGGCAUUGGAGACCAACUCGAGUCUGAGCCCGUCAUUGCAAAGAAUGCAUUCGUUCCUCCUAGCGAGCCUUCUAAGCCUCAAGUCACCAUGAUUACCAAGUCCACCAUGACAGUGAUCUGGGAAAGACCUGCAUUGAAUGGAGGCAGCGACAUCGACGGCUACUACCUGGAAAAGAGUGAGAAGAAGAGUCUGCAGUGGUUCAAGGUGGUGAAGGGAACCAUCAGAGACACUCGGCAGAAAGUCACCAACCUGGUGGAGAACAGCGAGUACCAGUACAGAGUCUGUGCUGUCAACAAGGCUGGAGCAGGAAACUACUCUGAGACUUCUGACCUCUACACAGCCUACGACCCCAUCGAUUUGCCUGGUGAGCCAUCCAAGCUGCGUGUGGUUGACUCCACAAAGACCUCCAUCACCCUCGGCUGGGAGACCCCCGUUUAUGACGGUGGCAGUGAAGUGACUCACUACCUUUUGGAACAGAUGAACUCUGAAGAGAAAGAAUGGGUGACCAUCAACCCACAGGUCAAGUCCUGUGAAUAUGUGGUGUCCCACCUCAAGCCCGGAACCUACUACUUCUUCAAAGUCUCGGCUGUCAACUCUAAGGGCAAAGGAGAGAACAUCAAGAUGUACCAACCCGUGCAAGCCAAAGACAUCUUGGAGGAAGCUGAUUUGGACUUGGAUGUUCCCAUGACAACCCAGUACACAGCUAAAGCUGGCCGUGAUGUGGAAGUCUUUAUCCCCCUGAAGGGACGCCCCGCCCCCAAUGUCACAUGGCGCCGUGGCGACCGCAACAUGGCUGGUGACAACAGCUACUCCAUCACCAGCACUGAGCGAGCCACCACACUCCUCCUACCAAAGGUCACCCGCGAUGACUGUGGGAAGUACUUGCUGGAGAUUGAGAAUGGCGUUGGAGAACCAAAGAUAAUUACAGUUUCCCUUAAAGUUCUGGAUAGUCCAGCCAUCUGCCAGAAACUGUUGAUCAAGAACGUGAGCAGAGGAAAGUUGACCCUCAGCUGGGAAGCUCCUCUCAUCGAUGGUGGUUCCCCUGUCACUAAUUACAUUGUCGAGAAGAAGGCCUCCACCAUGAAGGCUUUCCAGGUGAUCACCGCAGAGUGUGCCAACACAUCCUACAAGGUGUCAGGCCUGGAGGAGGAUUGUGCUUACUUCUUCCGUGUGUCUGCUGAAAACGAGUAUGGUGUGGGUGACACAUGUGAGACCACUGAGCCCGUCAGAGCCACGGAAACUCCAGGAGCUGUUAAAGAGCUGACGAUGGUGGACUCCACGAAGACCUCUGUCACCCUGCAGUGGACCAGACCUGACCACGAUGGUGGCAGCCUCAUCACUGACUACAUCAUUGAGAAGAGAUCCCAGGAAGAGGUCAACUGGGCUUCGGGUGCUACGUGUAAGCGCUGCAGCUGUGAAGUCACGGGACUGAAAGAGAACGAUAUCAUGGACUUUAGAGUAUUUGCCAAGAAUGAAAAGGGAAACAGUGACUUCUCACAGAUUGGUCCGAUCGUAGUGAUGGACUUCAUCAUUCCACCUGAGGCCCUUCUGAGUGACUACCCCAAUGGAGAGCUUGCUGUUCGCAUUGGUCAGAACAUCCACAUUGAAUUGCCCUUCAAGGGUAAACCAAAACCUGCAAUCAGCUGGCUAAAGGACAACUUCCCUCUGAAGGAAAGUGAGAAGAUUCGCUUCAGGACCACUGACAACAAGACUGCCAUCACAGUCAGAGGAGCCAAGAAAGAGAACGCAGGCCAAUACACCUUGGUUCUGGACAACAGAGUCAUCAAGAACUUUUUCGACAUUCAAGUGACCACUCUGGGAGCGCCCUCAGUGCCUGUUGGUCCUAUCCGCUUCGAUGAGAUUAAAGCUCAGAGUAUCAUCAUCUCCUGGGAUGUGCCAAAGGAGGAUGGAGGUGGCGAGAUCACCUGUUACAGUGUGGAGAAACGUGAGACCUCCACGGCUAACUGGAAGAUGGUCUGCUCCAGUGUUGUCAGGACCACAUUCAAGAUUCCCAACCUGGUCAAGGAAGCUGUGUACCAGUUCAGGGUCCGUGCGGAGAACAAGUAUGGAGUCAGUGAACCACUCAACUCCUCAGAUGUUAUUGCCCAGCACCAGUACAAACCUCCAGGUCCCCCAGGAAAGCCAGUGGCCUACAACGUCACCAGUGAUGGAAUGACCAUCGGUUGGGAGAUCCCAGGUUUCGAUGGAGGGUCCCCUAUAUUGGGCUAUCAUGUUGAAAAGAAGGACAGAAACAGCCUCUUGUGGCAGAAAGUGAACUCCACCAUCAUAUCCAACAAAGAGUACAGAAUCAUUGGUCUCAUGGAGGGACUGGAGUACUCCUUCAGAGUCUAUGCAGAGAACAAUGCUGGAAUAAGCCCUAUGAGUGAACAGAGUAAACACGCGCUCGCCAUCUCCCCUGUUGAUCCACCUGGCACUCCCACGCUCAUCGAUGUAACCAGAGAUUCGGUCACGCUGCAGUGGGACGUCCCCACUAAGGAUGGUGGCAGCAAGAUUGUUGCCUAUAGUGUGGAGAGGCGCCAAGGCAGAGGCAAAUGGCUGCGGUGCAACUUCACUGACAUCAGCGAAACCCAGUUCACUGUGACUGGUUUAUCACCUGGAGACAGAUUCGAGUUCAGAGUGAUUGCCAGGAAUGCUGUGGGCACAGUCAGUCCACCGUCCAACUCCUCUGGAUCCAUCAUGACCAGGGAUGAGAGCAUUGCUCCUGAGAUCAUUUGGUCUCCAGAUCAGGUUCUAUCGAUGAGGGCUGGAGAGAAGGUUAACCUCGGCUGCAGCGUCACUGGACGUCCUGUCCCCCAGGUUGUCUGGUACAAGGAUGGCAGAGAGAUCGACAAGAGGAUCAUGAUCGACAUUGAGAUCACCAGCAGUAUCGGAGCCAGCAGUCUGUUCAUUCGUGACGCUGACAGGAACCACCGUGGAAUCUACACCGUCGAAGCCAAGAACAGCUCCGGUACCAAGAAAGCUGACGUCAACGUCAGAGUGCAAGAUACACCGGGAGCUGUAGAAGGUCCUAUCCGUUUCACCGGCAUCACGGCUGAGAAGUGCACUGUGUGGUGGAACCCACCAGAGAACGAUGGUUGUGCCGCCAUCACUCAUUAUGUGGUGGAGAAGAGGGAGACAUCCAGGAUCACAUGGGCCUUGGUCACCUCCAAGUGUGAAGCCUGUUCUUACAAUUCCACCAACCUCAUCAGGGGCAACGAAUACCAGUUCAGAGUCUCUGCUGUCAACAAGUUUGGCGUUGGGAAACCACUGGACUCUGAUUCUAUCAUCGCACAGAUGCAAUACACUGUGCCUGAUGCCCCUGGUACUCCUGAUGCCACACAUGUGACUGGAAACAGCAUCACCCUGUGCUGGACCAGGCCAAGGUCAGAUGGAGGCCACGAGAUCAAACACUACAUCCUCGAGAGGCGGGAGAAGAAGAGCCUGCGCUGGCUGAAGGUUUCCUCCAAGAGGCCCAUCACAGAGCUGAGACACCGUGUCACCAAACUCACUGAGGGCAACGAGUAUGAGUUCCGCCUCAUGGCUGAAAAUGGCGCUGGUGUUGGACCGGCCAGCAGUACCUCCAGGCUCUUCAAAUGCAGGGAGCCUACCAGUGCUCCCAGUGCUCCCACACUGAUCAAGGUCACUGACUCCACCAAGUCGUCGGUCACCAUUGACUGGACCAAGCCAGUCUUUGAUGGUGGAAUGGAAAUCAUUGGCUACAACAUUGACAUGUGUAAGGCCAGUCUGGAGGAGUGGCACAGAGUCAACAACCAGAUUUGCUUCAACACAAGUUACACUGCCAAGGGUUUGGCGGCUGCAGAGAUCUACAAGUUCAGAGUCAGUGCUGUAAAUGGAUCAGGAGAAGGCGAAGCCUCUGUGCUGACCAGUCCUGUUCAGGCUCUGGACAGACUCACAUCUCCUGAGAUCGACAUUGAUGCCAACUUCAAGCAAACUCACAUCGUAAAGAAUGGCGGCAUGGUCAACCUCCAUGUUAACUUCUGCGGCAAACCAGCUCCUCUGGCCACCUGGUCUAAGGUGGAUGGUGAGCUGCCUGUCAUGGGUGAUAUCAACACCACAGAUUCAUUCUCCACUCUGACUAUUGAGGGGUGCACAAGGUAUGAGGCUGGCAAAUACACCUUGUCUCUAGAGAACAACAGUGGGCGCAAGUCCAUCACGUUCACUGUCAAAGUGCUGGAUACACCUGGACCUCCAGGAGCCAUCACCUUUAAAGAUGUUACCCGUGGAGCCUUGACAAUGAUGUGGGAUGCCCCCACCAAUGAUGGUGGAGCCCGAAUCCACCACUACCUUGUGGACAAGCGUGAAGCCAGCCGCCUGGCCUGGCAGGAAGUCAGUACCAAGAGCUCUCGACAGAUGAUUAGGGUAACUGGUUUGGAUAUUGGGGUGCGAUAUUUGUUUAGGGUGAUUGGUGUUAACCAGUACGGCCAGGGAGAAGCUCAUGAGAUGACAGAGCCUAUCAUUGCCACAGAAGAACCUGCACCACCCAAGAGACUGGAUGUCGUUGACACCACCAACUCCUCAGCCUCGCUGGUGUGGCUGAAGCCGGAGCAUGAUGGCGGCAGCCGCAUCAGAGGCUACAUUGUUGAAUUCAAAGCUAAAGGCACUGACCGCUGGGUUGUUAGCGAAGAGACCAAGUCCCAAAAGAUGCUAGUGGAAGGUCUGAUUGAGAAUACUGAGUAUGACUUCAGAGUCAAGGCCAAGAACGAUGCUGGAAUCAGCGAGCCUCAGGGCACCUUUGGCUCUGUGGUCAUUAAGGAGCCCCGCAUUGAACCAACUGCUGACCUCAGCAGCAUCACCAACCAGCUCAUCACCUGCAAGACCUCCAACACCUUCACAAUCAACAUCCCAAUCAGUGGCAGACCUGCGCCAAAGGUCACCUGGAAGCUGGAAGAGAUGAAGCUGAAGGAGACGGACAGAGUUUCCAUUAAGACCACAAAGGAGAGAACCACUCUGGUGGUGAAAGACAGCAAGAGAAGCGAUAGUGGAAAAUACUACUUGACCCUUGAGAACACAGCUGGUGUGAAGACAUUCACGGUGACGGUAGUUGUCGUUGGCAGACCGACUCCACCCACAGGCCCGGUGGACAUCUCUGGAGUUUCCUCAGAAUCCUGCAACCUGUCUUGGUCUGAGCCAGCGGACGAUGGUGGUACUGACAUCACCAACUAUAUUGUGGAAAAACGAGAGUCUGGCUCUGCCUCCUGGCAAGUGGUGAAUUCCAGUGUGAAGAGAACCACCAUCAAAGUGACUCAUCUUACCAAGUACUUGGAGUACACCUUCAGAGUGUGUGCUGAGAACAAGUUUGGAGUAAGCAAGUCCGUUGAGUCUGCUGCUGUUGUCAUCGAGCAUCCAUAUGUUCCUCCAAGUCCUCCAAAUCGUCCAGAUGUGGUAUUUGUCUCUGCCAGCGCCAUCGGCAUCAAAUGGGAAGUGCCAUAUGCAGAUGGUGGCAGCGAGAUUACAGGCUACUGGAUCGAGAAGAAGGAAAGGAACACGAUUCUGUGGGUGAGGGAAAACAAACUGCCUUGCCUGGACUGCCAGUACAAGAUAUCCAGCGUGAUCGAGGGCCUGGACUACCAGUUCAGGGUGUAUGCCAUGAACAUUGUUGGACUCAGCAAGGCCAGUGAGGCCUCCAGACCUGUAACAGCACUAAACCCUGUUGAUCCUCCUGGUAAGCCCGAGGUGACGGAUAUCAGCCACUCCUCUGUAUCGCUGUGCUGGACUGUGCCAUUUAACGAUGGUGGCAGCAAGAUCGUUGGGUAUGUGGUGGAAAGGAAAGUCUACAGCACGGACGAGUGGGACGACAACCGCUGGCUCAAGUGCAACUACACCACCAUCAGUGAGAACUACUUCACCGUGGCUAACCUGGGCGAGGGAGAGACCUACGAGUACCAUGUCAUCGCUAAGAAUGCUGCCGGUGUCCACAGCGCACCUUCCGAGUCUACCGGACCAAUCACGUGCAAGGACGAAUACUGUCCUCCCAAAGCUGAACUUGACAGCAGGCUGGUGGGUGAGACAGUCACGGUCACUGCCGGCUCCGACCUGGUCCUGGACGGGGCUGUAGGCGGGAAACCGGAGCCUGAGGUCUUCUGGUCGAAGGGCGACAAGAAGUUGGAGCUGGGAGAGAAGUAUUCCCUGACCUACACUGCCACCAGAGCCAUGGCCGUCAUCAAGGACUGCGACAGAUACGACACAGGCAGAUACGUCCUGACCGUCAAGAACGCCAGCGGAAUCAAGACCGCGGCUGUCAGCGUUAAAGUUCUAGACUCUCCUGGAGCUCCGGCUGACAACAUCGUAAUCAGCAGAGUGACGGAGGAGAAAUGUACCGUGUCCUGGAAGAUUCCACUGCAAGAUGGUGGAGACCUUGUCACCAGUUACAUCGUGGAGCGUCGCGAGACCAGCCGCCUCAACUGGGUCAUCAUGGAGGCCGAGUGCAAGACUCUGUCAUGUGUCAGCAGCCGGCUGAUCAAGAAUAACGAGUACGUUUUCAGAGUCAGAGGAGUCAACAAGUUCGGACCUGGAGUCGCUCUAGAAUCUGAUCCCAUCAUCGCCAGGAACGCCUACACCAUCCCGUCACAGCCAGGCACACCGGACGUUACAGCUGUGGCAAAGGAGCACGUCAUCAUCGAGUGGCUGAAGCCUGAGAGCGAUGGAGGCAGCGAGAUCAAAACAUACAUUGUGGAUAAACGAGAGAAGAGCAGCACCAGGUGGACUCGAGUUAAUAAGAAUUACACCAUCUACGACACUCGUCUGAAGAUCUCAGGUCUGCUGGAGGGAAGCGAGUACAUGUUCAGAGUGACAGCUGUCAACGCUGCAGGAGACAGCCAGCCGAGCGACGCCUCACCAUACAUCCUCUGCAGAGACCCAACUUAUACACCAGCUCCUCCAUCAAUGCCUCGCAUCACUGACACAACCAAGCACAGCAUCAACCUGACAUGGACCAGACCCAUGUACGACGGAGGCUCAGACGUCACCGGCUACAUAGUGGAGAUCUUAGAGGAGGGCACCGAGCAGUGGUACCGUGCCAGCGCCAAGGCACUCAAGACCAAUGAGUAUGUGGCCGCGGGCCUGGCAGCCAAUAAGAAGUACAGAUUCAGAGUAGCUGCCGUCAACAACAAGGGCACCGGGGAGUUCAGUGAACCUAGUGCGGAGGUCCAGCCUCUGGAGAGAAUCGAAAUCCCUGACCUGGAGCUUGCCGACGACUUGAAGAAAACAGUGUGUCUGCGAGCCGGAGGAACUCUGCGUCUGUUUGUGUCCGUCACUGGCCGCCCAACACCAGUGGUGGCCUGGAGGAAGACAGGGGUGGAGCUGCAGAGCCGCGGCUUCAUUGAAACCACCGAUAGCUACACCAUGCUAAUGGUUGAAAAGGUUACUCGCUAUGACUCUGGAAAAUACGUUGUGGAGGCAGAGAACCCAUCUGGCAAGAAGACUACAACCAUUCUUGUCAAAGUCUAUGACACUCCUGGUCCUCCAGCUUCAGUGAAGGUGAAGGACUACACCAAGGAGUCUGUUGUGAUCACCUGGGAUGUCCCGAGCAUCGAUGGUGGUGCUCAUGUCAGCAACUACAUCGUAGAGAAGCGUGAAGCCAACAUGAAGUCCUACAAGACCGUCACCACUGAGUGUAGAAAGACCCUGUUCAGGAUCACUGGCCUGGAGGAGGGACAGCACUACUUCUUCAGAAUCCUGCCAGAGAACAUCUAUGGCGUCGGUGAGCCGUGUGACACGUCUGAGGCUGUGCUGGUGUGCGAGGUGCCAUCAGUGCCUCUGAGCCUCCAGAUGGUUGAUGUCACCAAGUCCUCGGUCACACUGCUCUGGGAGAAGCCAGUGCACGAUGGCGGCAGCAGGUUGACGGGUUAUGUAAUCGAGGCCUGCAAAGUGGGCUUGGACAGGUGGACUGCCGUGGCGACAGUCAAGGCCUCUGUGUCCCAGCAAACCAUCCAAUCCCUCACAGAGAAUGACCAGUAUCUUUUCAGAAUCAGAGCCACUAACAGCAGGGGAGCCAGCGAGCCCAUGGACAUUGUAUCUCCGAUCACAAUUCAAGACAUUAAGGUGAUGCCCAAGAUUGACCUGACCAGCAUCCCUCAGAAAAUAGUCCACGUGCACCGUGGCAAAGCCAUCGACCUCAACAUCCCGAUAAAAGCUAAGCCACAGCCUGAAUGCUCCUGGUUCUUCAGUGGCACCAAGUUGAAGGACAGCCUGGACCGCAUCAAAAUUGACAGCAACGGCAAAUAUACCCAUCUCGUCAUACGUGAUACGACAAUCAGUGACACGGGAGACUACAUGCUGCAAGUUAAGAAUGCCAUCGGCAUGGCAACAGAGGUCAUCAAGGUCAUCAUACUUGACAAACCAGGAAUCCCAGUUGGUCCAAUGAAGAUUGAGGAGACAGACGGCGUGUCAGUGACAGUCAGCUGGGAACCUCCAGAGAAGGACGGGGGGGCCAGCGUCAGCGGCUACGUGGUGGAGCAGCGUGAAGCCCACCGGCCCGGCUGGUCCACCGUCUCAGAGUCUGUGACCCGACCCUGCUACAAGUUCACCAGACUCACAGAGGGAACUGAGUACGUGUUCCGUGUUGCUGCCAUGAAUCGCUUCGGUGUCGGCAGCUUCCUGCAGUCCGAGGUGGUGGAGUGCAAGAGCGCCAAGACCAUCCCUGGACCUCCAAGCAGGCCAGAUGUGCUCGAUGUCACCCACGAGGGCAUGACCCUGACCUGGCAACCACCUGAGGACAAUGGGGGAUCCACCAUUGCCGGCUACAUAAUCGAACGUAAGGAGGCCCAUUCUGACAGGUGGAUGAAGAUCAGCAAGAACCCCGUCACCAUGACCAGGUACCGCUCCUCUGGCCUGAUCGAGGGCCUGGAGUAUGAAUUCCGUGUCACUGCCAUCAACUCGAGAGGAGCCGGGAAACCCAGCGAGACCUCUGUCACCGCUGUCGCCAUGGAUCCCAUUGAGCCUCCAGGAGCACCAGUUGAACCCAGAGUCACCGACAGCACCAGGACUUCAGUGUCUCUGGCCUGGCUGCCACCUGUAGAGGAGGGUGGUGCUGUGAUUACUGGCUACUUCAUCGAGAUGCAGAAGGUGGACCAGGUGGAAUGGACAUUGUGCAACACCACACCCACCAAGAUGUGCGAGUACACUCUCACCCACAUGCCCCAGGGUGCCGAGUACAAGUUCAGGAUCAUCGCUUGCAAUGCUGGCGGUGUUGGAGAGCCUGCAGAGAUUCCUGGAGUCGUUAAAGUCCAGGAGAUGCUUGAUUACCCCGACUAUGAGUUUGAUUCUAAAUAUGAGGAGGGCUACGUAGUGCGACAGGGCGGAGUCAUCCGUCUGUCUGUGGGCAUCAAGGGUAAACCUAUCCCGACAUGCAAGUGGACCAAGGAUGGUCGUGACAUCUCCCAUCGGGCCAUGAUUGCCACCCACGAUGACAUCACUGAGCUGGUCAUCAAAGAGGCACACAAAGACGACACCGGUACCUAUGACCUGGUGCUGGAGAACAAAUGUGGCAAGAAGGCUGUGUACAUCAAGGUGAAGGUGAUCGGUCGCCCCGAUUCCCCGGAGGGCCCUCUGGAAUUCGAUGAGAUUCAAGCCAAAUCAUUGCGGGUCAGCUGGAGACCACCUUCAGAUGAUGGCGGUUCCGACAUCCUAGGAUACAUCUUGGAAAGGCGUGAGGUACCCAAGGCCGCCUGGUGUACGGUGGACUCCCGGGUAACCGAGAAUUCACUGGUGGUGAAGGGUCUGAAGGAAAAUGUGGAGUAUCACUUCAAGGUUUCUGCUGAGAACCAGUUCGGUGUCAGCAGGUCUCUCAAGUCUGAUGAGGCUGUGACACCUAAGACACCACUUUGCCCACCAGAACCUCCUAGCUACCCACCAGAGAUCAUGGAGGUGACCAAGUCCACAGUGUCUUUGUCCUGGGCCCGCCCUCGGGAUGAUGGAGGCUCUCGCAUCACAGGAUACUAUGUGGAAAGAAGGGAGGUGUCGACAGAGAAGUGGGUCCGCCAUAACAAGACCCACAUCACCACCACCAUGUACAAUGUGACCGGUCUCAUUCCUGACGCAGAGUACAUGUUCAGAGUCGUGGCUCAGAACGAUAUCGGGCAGAGUGAAGCUGGUCCUGCUUCUGAGUCGUUGGUCUGCAAAGAUCCAUUUGACAAACCCAGCCAGCCAGGAGAGAUCGACAUCAUCUCCAUCACCAAAGACUCCAUCACCAUCCACUGGCUCAGGCCUGAGCUUGACGGAGGCAAGGAGAUUCUGGGUUACUGGAUUGAGUUCAGGCAGGCCGGAGAAAGCGCCUGGAAGAAAUGCAUCAAGGAGCGUUCCAAGGAUCGUCAGUUCACCAUGGGUGGAUUAAUGGAGGCCUCCGAGUACGAGUUUAGAAUCUUUGCUGAGAAUGAGGCCGGAUUCAGCCGACCUCGUCGCACACCUAUGGGCAUCAAGACUAAACUGAGCGUUGGUGAAGCUCCAGCUUUGAAGGAAGAGAUCCAAGACGUUACCACCAAACUUGGUGAGUUGGGCAGUCUGACCUGUGGCAUCAUUGGCAGACCCCUGCCUGAGAUCAAGUGGUACCGCUUCGGCAAGGAACUGAUUCAGAGCCGCAAGUACAAGAUGAGCUCAGAUGGCCGCAACCACUCCCUCAGUAUCCUGACAGAUGAGCAGGAAGACGAGGGCUUGUAUACCUGCAGGGCCAUCAAUGAGGCCGGAGAGAUCGAAACCAGCGGCAAACUGCGUCUUCAAGCAGCUCCUCAGUUCCAUCCUGGGUUCCCCCUGAAGGAGAAGUACACUGCUGGAGCUGGCACCAGCCUCCGCCUGCAUGUCGUCUACAUCGGGCGCCCUAUCCCCCAGAUCAUGUGGUUCUAUGACAAGAAGCCUCUGAAUCAAUCAGAAAAUGUGAUCAUUGAAAACACAGAAAGCUACACCCACCUGGUGGUGAGGAACGUCCAGAGAAUGACUAAUGCCGGCCGCUAUAAGGUUCAACUCAGCAACGGGUUUGGAACCGUUGACACUGUUCUACGUGUUGAAAUCCAAGAUAAACCAUGCAUCCCUGAGGGUCCACUGGUUAUUGAUGCUCUGCUAAAGAGCUCAGUUGUCAUCAGCUGGAAAGCUCCCAAGGAUGAUGGAGGUUCCAUGAUCUCAAACUACAUUGUGGAGAAGCGUGAAGCGAAAGAAGGUGAGCAGUGGCACCUGGUGUCCUCCUCGGUCUCUGGCGCAACCUGCCGUGUCCCCAACCUGAUAGAAAACGCCGGGUACUACUUCAGAGUCUCUGCCCAGAACCAGUACGGAGUCAGCGAGGCUCUCGAAAUCCCAUCAGUGGUCAUCAUAAAGAGUCCAUUCGAAAAACCGGGCGUGCCACAGCAGCCCUUCAUCAUCAGCUCCACCAAGGACUCCUGUGUCGUCUGCUGGAAGCCUCCAACCAGUGACGGUGGAGCUAAAGUUACAAACUACUAUCUGGAUAAACGUGAGAAGAAGCAGAACAAGUGGAUUUCAGUUACCAGCAAGAAGAUUGUGGAGACCAAAUAUGAAGUCAUAGGCUUGAUUGAGGGCUUCGAGUACGAGUUCCGUGUCAAGUGUGAGAAUGCGGGUGGCGAGAGCGGCUGGAGCGAGACGUCUGCAGGAAUAAUCCCGAAGUCGGACCAGUCUCCACGCGCUCCUGCAUUCAGGGAGGAGAUCAGGGACAUGAACGUCAAAUACCAAGCCAACGCCACCUUUGUCACUAAGGUGGUGGGACAUCCAAAGCCUCUGGUGAAAUGGUUCCGCGGUGGAAAGGAGAUUCAGGCAGAUGGAACCAAGAUUAAAGCUCAGGAGUUCAAGGGAGGUUACUACCAGCUCGUCAUCAUGUCUGCUGAGGAUAGCGAUGCCACCGUUUAUCAAGUCAGGGCAACCAACCCCUCAGGUUCUAUCUCUACAACAGCCAACCUGGAAGUGGAAGUUCCUGCUAAAAUCCACCUGCCCAAAGAGCUCCAGGGAAUGGGGGCAGUCCACGCUGUCCGUGGUGAUAAGAUCACCAUCAAGAUCCCCAUCACUGGCAAGCCUGAGGCAGCAGUCACUUGGCAGAAGGGCCAGGAGAUCCUCUCCAACUCUCCUUACCACCAGGUCAUCAGCACCAGGUCUUUUACCUCCCUGGUCUUCCAUAAGGGAGUGCAGAGGAAAGAUAAUGGCUACUACAUUAUUACUGCAAAGAAUAGGUUUGGAAGUGACAAGCAAACCAUUGAGGUGAAUGUGGCUGACAUACCUGAAGCUCCAAAGGGACUCAUGGUCAGUGACAUUACUCGGGAUUCCAUCACUAUGACCUGGGAGCCUCCUGCCAAUGACGGUGGUAGCGACAUUAUUGGCUACAUUGUCGAGAAGUGUCCCACCACUGCUGACAGGUGGAUCCGUGCUGGACAGACCAGUGACUGCAGCAUCACCAUCAUCAGCAUAUUUGGAAAGACCAAAUACCAGUUCCGUGUCAUUGCUGAGAACGGAUUUGGUCUGAGUCCUCCUUCUGUGCCAACUGAGCCCAUCACAACUAAGGAAGACAAGUCUGUGACUAGGAACUAUGACGAGGAAGUGGAUGAAGCCAGAGUGAUCACCAAGGAAGAAUCUCUAUCCUACAAGGUGAAGGAGUUGUCCUCCAAGUACAUCAUCUCUGAGGAGCUUGCCCGCUGCCAGUUUGGAGCAGUCCACCGCUGCGUGGAGAUUGCUACUAAGAAGACCUUCAUGGCCAAGUUCAUCAAGGUCAAAGGAACCGACCGUGAGUUGGUUCUUAGGGAGAUUGAGGCCCUCAACGUAGCAAGGCACACAAAUAUGAUUUACCUGCAUGAAUACUUUGAAAGUAUGGAAGAAAUUAUCCUGAUCUUUGAAUUCAUUUCUGGAGUUGACAUCUUUGAGCGCCUUGGUACCAGCAACUUUGAGCUAACAGAGCAGGAGAUUGUCCGCUACAUGAGACAAGUCUGCUCUUCCCUCAAGUUCUUGCACAGCAGCAACUUCGGUCACUUUGAUAUCCGCCCAGACAACAUCGUCUAUUCUACAAGGAGAAGCACCACCAUAAAGAUUAUUGAGAUGGGCCAGGCUCGGCUGCUAGUGCCAGGAGAAAACAUCAGAAUGAUGUUCUCAGCUCCAGAGUACUGUGCCCCAGAGGUCCACCGCCACAACUUGAUCACAACAGCCACUGAUAUGUGGUCUGUUGGUGUUAUGGCCUAUGUUUUGCUCAGUGGCCUUAAUCCAUUUGCGGCAGAGUCAACUACGAAGAUGAUUGAGAACAUCUCAAACUGUGAGUUCAUCUUUGAUAGUGAAGCAUUUAAGGACAUCAGCCUGGAGGCCAUGGACUUUGUGGACAGACUUCUAGUCAGGGACAUGAAGCUCCGUAUGACCGCCCAUGAGGCUCUGGAGCACCCAUGGCUCAAGAUGAAGAUCGAGCAUGUUAGCAACAAGGUCAUUAGGACACUGAAACACAGAAGGUACUACCAGACCUGUGUAAAGAGGAUGGACACUAUCGUAUCGGCAGCUCGUGUUGCUUAUGGCGGCGCCUUCAAGAACCAGAGAGGAUUAGCUGUGGGUAAAGUGAAGAUUGGAACCGAGUACCACGGCCUUCGUGCCGGUCCAGUAAUGCAUUCCUCAGCUGAGGAAGGCGGCCAUGUCAGAUUCACUUGUAGCAUUGCCAACUAUGACAAGAGUACACAGGUGUCGUGGUACUUUGGAAACCGCCAGCUACACCCAAGCCCCAAGUAUGAGAUCACUUACAGUAAUGGUUUUGCCAGCAUCUAUGUGAAGGAGAUUGAAGACAGUGAUGAUGGCGUGUACAGAUGCAAGGUGGUGAGCGACGAUGGAGAGGACAGUGCCUAUGGAGAGCUGUUUGUUGAUACAGUAAGAAGCAUCAGAGAGCACUUUGUAAGCCGCUCCAUCAAGAAACUAAGGAAGAGAGUUGACAAGACUAAACUCCUGCAGAGACCACCAGAGUUCACUUUGCCCCUCUACAAUAGCGCUGCCUACAUUGGCCAAGAAGUCCGCUUUGGUGUCACUAUUACUGUGCACCCGGAGCCUCAUGUAGCAUGGCUUAAGAACGGAGAGAGAAUCAGGCCAGGGGACGAUGACAGCAAGUACACAUUCACCAGUGAUAAGGGUCUGUACCAGCUGAUGAUCCACAACCUGGACAUGAGCGAUGAUGCUGAAUACACAGUCAUGGCCCACAACAAGUUUGGAGAAGACAGCUGCAAGGCUCGCCUCACUGUGACACCUCAUCCUGUGUUCGAGGAAACAAUGAGGCCCAUGUUCAAACGUCUCCUGGCUAAUGUUGACUGCGUAGAAGGGCAUAGUGUCCGUUUCGAACUCAGAGUCUCAGGAAUCCCAACUCCCACACUGAAAUGGGAGAAGGACGGUCACCGACUACAGUUUGGUCCAAAGGUUGUUGUCAUACAGGAGGAUGUUGAUUACCAUGUCCUGCACGUCAGAGAGACUCUACUUGAGGACUCUGGUUUGUACAAGGUUACCGCAACCAACUCAGCUGGCUCUGCAAGCUGCCAGGCUACACUGAAGGUCGACCGCCUGACCUAUACCAGGAGAGAGUAUAAGAGCGAGGAGGAGCAAUACAGACACGUACAGAAAGAAAUUGAAAAGACGCACAAGAUGGCUCAGCGGAUUGUUGCCACUGAAGAGCUUGUGCCUCUCAACCCCACAGCCCAGGAGGCCCUCAAAUUUGCUGCAGAUAUGUACAAGCCUGCAGUGAGUACCAAGAACGUAGAGGGUGAGUUUGACAUCACCGUGGAGAAGUCUGAUACCAAGAGGCUGGAGGAGGAAAGGAGGAUUUUCAUGCCAUAUGAGAUGCCAGAGCCAGUUGUUCAUGAUCCUCGAGUUUUGGACGAAGACAAGGCCAUCAAACAGUUUGUACCUCUCUCGGAUAUGAAGUGGUACAGAAAGCUGAGAGACCAGUAUGAGAUUCCAGAGAGGAUGGAGAGGAUUGUGCAGAAGAGACAGAGACGUAUUCGCCUGUCCAGGUGGGAACAGUUCUAUGUCAUGCCCCUCCCCCGAAUCACUGACCAGUACAGGCCUAGAUGGCGUAUCCCAAAACUCAGCCUGGAUGAUCUGGAGACUGUCAGGCCUUCACGCCGCUCACCCUCCCCUGAAUCUGAGGUUUCCUUCAAAUCCAGGAGGAGAUCUCUCGGAGACCUGAGCGACGAGGAGCUGCUGAUGCCUGUGGACGACUACCUUUCCAUGAGGAGAACAGAGGAGGAGAAGAUGAUGCUGGAGGACGAACUGGAGCUCGGUUUUUCUGCCUCUCCUGCUGGCAGCCCGAUCCGCAAAGAGCGGCGUGUCAUGGAACGUGAGGAGAAGAGACAGGAGUUCAGGCAGGAGACUGUCGAAGUGGUUGAGAAGAAGAAACGUACUGUUUCUCAGUUCAUGAGGAGGAGAAGAUCGUUGUCUCCCACAUACAUUGAGCUGAUGCGUCCUGUCGCAGAGCUGAUCAGACCAUCUCGGAGCCGGCCAUCUGUGGAAGUAGAGGGAGAGAUUUUGGUGAGGAGGUCCCCCACCCCGGAGAGGACUCGUCCCCGCUCUCCCAGCCCCAUCAGAUCAGCUGAGAGGUCUUCCCGCUCCUCCUCCAGGUUUGAGAGAUCUGCCAGAUUUGACAUCAUGUCCCGCUAUGAGGCCAGAAAGGCUGCUCUGAAAUCUGAGAGAAAAUAUCAGGUUGUUAGCCAGACACCUUUCAGCCUUGACCAUGCUCCCCGUGUGACCGUCAGGAUGCGUUCUCAUCGCAUACCACUUGGACAAGACACCAAAUUCACGCUUAACAUCCAAGCCAAGCCAGAUGGCGAGAUCAAGUGGUUCCAUAAUGGGACUGAAAUCUCUGAAAGCAGUGAGAAAUAUGUAUUCACUGACAUGAGCGGCGUUGUGACCAUCGCUAUCCUCACCUGUCAGGAAGAGGACAGUGGCACAUACCGUUGUGUAUGUUCUAACUCUAAGGGAGAGGCAUCGGACUAUGCCACCCUGGAUGUGUCGUGUGCAGGAUACACCACCUUCUCCUCUCGCCGCAAAGAUGAGGAAGUUACCAAAGCAUUUGUCCCCGAAGUAACUCGAAUUGACCACUAUCACACCUCACACUUUAAAGCUGGCUAUGCGUCCCAGACCCACUUUGAAGUGGAGGAGAGCAAGUCUAAGUUUACCGAGACACAUGAGGUUGCUACUCGUGAAAGAUAUGCUGCCUCAUCUGAGAGGUACGAUUCAUCUAUCAAAUACGCCUCGGCUGAAUACCUGUCAUCUGCCUCCUCCUACUCAUCAGACAAAUUUUCUCUUACUGGGAAACACUCCACUUCUGAAUCCAGACUUAAAUCCUCCUCUGCUGCCGUGGCUGAGGAAGUUUCAGUCCAAAAGGUGAAGCCUUCUCUUCCAGCUAGGAUCCUCACCAAGCCUCAGUCUGUGACGCUUGAAGAGGGACAGACGGCCAGAUUCUCCUGUGAUAUCGAUGGGGAGCCGGCACCCAGUGUUUCAUGGAUGCACAUGACCAGAACUCUUGUUGCAUCACACCGUGUCCAGGUCACCACAACUCAGUACAAGUCCAGCCUGGAGGUUUCCUCUGUGACGACUUCAGACGAGGGCAGUUACACGGUGGUGGUAGAGAACGCGACCGGCAGACAGGAGGCUCACUUCACUUUAACCAUUCGCAGAGCAGCUGCCAUUGAAGAAGUUAAGGCUGUCAAAUCUCCCGAGCCAUCUGUAAAGUCACCAGAGCCUUCAGUCACAUCACGUGCUCCCUCCGUAACAUCACCUGUUCCAAGUGUAAAGUCACCAGAGCCUUCAGUCACAUCACGUGCUCCCUCUGUAACAUCACCUGUUCCAAGUGUAAAGUCACCUGAACCCAGCGUUACAUCCCCCGUGCCUUCCAUUAAAUCACCAACACCAAGUGUCAAAUCCCCUGAACCAUGUGCAACAUCUCCUACUCCGAGUGUGAAGUCUCCUGAACCAGAAGGAAUCAAGUCUCCUAGGAGCAUCAAGUCUCCUGCGCUGUCGGCAACCUCUCCAGCACCCGGCUUAAAAUCACCAGCUCCAACUGUCAAAUCUCCUGAACCUGAGGGAGUUAAGUCACCACGUGGUUUCAAAUCCCCAGAACCCAGACUCAAGUCACCUCCACCUAUUAAGUCUCCAGAGAGAGUGAAGUCACCUGAAACUGAGGAACUCAAAUCCGCCCGUGGUGUCAAAUCUCCAGAACUCACAGGACUCAAAACACCAAAAGGAAUGAAGUCCCCAGAGCCUGCUGGAAUAAAAACACCAAAAGGCAUCAAGUCUCCAGAGCCGACAGGGAUCAGAUCGCCCAGGGCGUUAAAGUCCCCGGAGCCGACAGGCAUCAAAUCACCUCUGAGGAUGAAGUCUCCUCCUCCGAUCAUGUCCCCUAAGAGGGUUGUGUCUCCACCCCCUGUCAAAUCCCCAACCCCAAAACCUCCCAAGGUUCUGAGCCAACUAACAGCUGAAGCCCGAGAGGCCAUGAGCUCAUCCAUGAUGAAGAAAGAAAUCCACACAAUGGAAGAGUCCUCCUCCUUUUCUUCCUCCUCCUCCCAGCAAGCCAUGAUGUCAUCCAUGAUGGAGUCCAGCUCCUUCAGCAGCAUGGCAGCUGAGAUGAAGUUUGAGACCAUGUCCAUGUCCAGCAUGUCCUCGGUUGCAUCUGAGACGUAUGCACAGAGCUCCAGCAGCCUCACCGAGGGGUCUUCAUUCAGAGCAAUCGGUUCUGCUCCCAGAAUCGAGGCUCUGCCGGAGGACAUCAGCAUCGAGCCGGGCAAAGUCCUGACAGUCGCCUGCGCCUUCUCCGGUGACGCCCAACACAUCGAGUGGUCCCGGGGGGGCCGAACCAUCGAGGUGACAGCCGGGGGACGCUUCCACAUCGAGACGACGGAGGACCUCACCACCCUCAUCAUCACCGGGGUGAAAGAGGAAGAUGCAGGAAGCUAUACCCUCAAACUGUCCAAUGAGCUCGGGUCUGACUCAGCAACUGUUCACAUUAGCAUUCGAUCAGUGUAA